AAAGACGCUGACAGCUCCGGGAGAGAGUGAAAACCCUCCUCACAAACUCAGCAGGCAUCACUCCGGAGAGCACAAGGCAUGUCUGCGUCCGAGGGAGAGCUCUGACUUCACAAGGGAGGGAUGGACGCCGAACCAGAGGACUGCUGGCCGGGGCUUGUUGGCUGGGAGAGGUCGCAGCUGAAGGCGUGAGGAGGAGGAGGAUGGUACUAUCAGUCAGUUUCGAUUUAAUUCCGGCUAAAGCGGCUGUCUUUACUCUGGGUGGAUGGGUACAGUAGUCUGCCGGCUGGCUGUAUAAUCCGCUUCCCGGGAGGAGCAGGGAAAGCCCUUUUUAGACUGGCACAAAGAGAGAGAGAGAGGAAGAGUUAGAAGUGAGACAGCACCAGGGAGGAGGAAGAUUUGGGCACAACCGAAGAAUAAGAGCUCAAAUGAACUGACUUUUACAAAAAAUCUGAGGAUUCAGAGCUGCUGGACUUGCUCCUCACAUCAUGAGUGGACCUACAAAUGGUAAGCAAUGCAUGGUUAGCCUGCAUGUGUGUAUGUUUGUUUGUGGGGCACAUGUGUGGGUGUACACUCUGCGGGUGUGCUUCAGCCUGAUCAAUACCAUAGUGUCCUGGGAGGUUUUAAGUUGAAGUAGACACAAACAGCCCUUCACUGUGGUUAUUGAUCACUUGACUUGCUUAUUGACACUGCAUUUCAUCCUGUCAUUAUCUGUCUGUCAGUGGAGGGAAAGAAACAGAGGCUGAUAUUGUGCAGGCUAUUGAUGGAGGGGAACCUCAUUAAUGUUUUCAGCAUUCAAAGAUAGGGCUGGGCGAUAUGGAGCAAAAGUCAUAUCCCAAUAUAUUUAGGGGGACGAUAUAUAUCCUGAUUUUUAGUCACAGUUGAAUAUGACAUGUCACAAGUCUGAAAUUGGAUUAAAUUAUGCUCAGCUGUUCAAAAAAGAUUAAAAUGUGAACAUAAAUACUGUACAACAACGGGAGUACCUUUUAAAUUGGAGCUCUAUAAGGUGCACAUUUAAAUGAAAAAAUAUAUCUUAAACAACAAUAUCCCAUAAAGUAAAAUAGGCCAAUCUUUUUCUGAAAUAAAUUUAUUUAAAUGAGAAAAACAUCAACAUUUUGACAACUAUAAAUGGCCAAUUAAAAUCAAAUUGCAGAUUUUCUUCUCCUCUCGAACAAAUCCACAGAUGCAAACAACGAACACUACGAAAGAAUUAAAUAUGACAAACCCUAGUAAGGGCAACAUUUACAUGUGUAAAGACAGAACAAAAUAAAGUGCUCAGUUUAGGAAAAUUGUUUUUAAACAAAAAUUUGAGAUUACCGAGCUGUCUUUUUUAUCUUCUUAAUCUUCUCAUCUUCUCAACCAGGGCCCGACCGAUAUGGAUUUUUUGGGUCCGAUGCCGAUACCGAUCAUAAGGGAGAAAAAAAUCUGAUUACCGAUUAAUCAGCCGAUUUUUAAUUUCCCCCGGAGAUCGGUGCCUCCGCGUCUUAACUCACGUUACUCAUUUCCGGUCCGGUCUAAUCUGUAGUCAUGCAGCUGCCUCAGUAAGAGAAGUAGCUCGAUCACGUGAUGUGUACUGUUGUUUAUUCUACUGGUACUACUGGUAACUCUAACUUUAGCUUGAGCUGCCUGCUUCAGAUCCGUCACUCUGCUGUGCUGUGAGGUAGUUAGUGGAUGAAGAUUGUCAUGAGGUUGCUGCGCCAUCUACAGGAUAAGUCGCGGAACUUUUCAAAUGGAGUAACAUUUUCGAAGUGAAAUCAAAUCUUAUUCUCCGCCAGCCCGUCAAAAACAGCAUCUGAUAUCUGUAUAUCGAUUAGGCAUGUGCCGAUACGAAAAAUUUGAUAUCACGAUAUUGGUGGCCCAAACUAUCACGAUUCACGAUAUUAACAUGAUAUUAGCGCAUUACUUUUAGUGUUAUUAAAAAUGUCAAAAAACUGCGAAAUCACUUCUCUGUGCACAGCAUGACACGCACAAACAAAUAUGAGCAAGAGGCAGCUAACGCGACGUUGGGAGCAUUAGCUUUUUGGAGCUAAAGUUAGCAGAAAUGUCACUAACGUGGUCAAUAAUAAGCUGCCACUCGUCUUAAAUUAUAAUUGUGGAACGAUUGUUACAGUACCUUACGAUUUCGUCAUCGCGGCUGUUUAAUAUCGCGAUUAAAUCGUAUAUCGGCACAUCCCUAAUAUCGAUUUAAUCGCGAUAUGGUCCAUUUCCAUAUCUUAUUGUAAAAUAUAUUGAUAUAUUUCUUAGAUCGAUAUAUCGCCCAGUUCUACUAAAAGAUUGUGGUCUUAAAGGCAAACAUCACAGUCGUUGGACAAGAUAACUUCACCCAUGUCAUACAGUUCAGCAAAGAGAGAUUUUUACUCCCUGAAUGAAAAUAUGUUGAGAAACUAUUACUUGUUGCAAUAAAAAAUAAAAACAAAUCAGUCUGCUUCAGCUAUCCAGAAGACAGAAUAACACAUCUGCGGUCAUCCCUUAGCCGUCCACAUAUUAAUAUCUGCCUACGUGUAACCACAGACCCUCAUACUGCAGUUUUUUAAUAAAAUGAAACCACUAAAUCCCCGAAUCCAAAACACAGUGAAGCUGCAGAAAUGACACAGACACCAGGCAGCUGCUUACACUCCCCAGGAGCCCCUGGUUUUAUAGCUCUCACCUCAAGGGGUGUUUAACCUUAUAUAAGGGCUCCUCUGGGGCUGCACUCACCCACAUUAUGACUGUGUCAGCACAGCAGAGGGGCCGCUGCUGCUGAGCGACAGUGAAGCCUCAAAUACCUUCCACAGAAAGGAGAGGGAUUACUUUUUGGUUGACUGAUUUGGUUUACAGUACGGGCGACCUUAUGGUUUUGCUCUUCCUGUUAAUCCAUAAGGUGAAAGGUCAGAGUUAAUGCAUGCUGUUGCCAAACACUGCAGACAUUGAAGGCCUCUCCUGAGAGAAUUAAAAAGAAGUGAAAAUCAGUGACUUUUUUGGUGAAAGUCAUCAUGAUGGCGUCUGUUAUGUCCAUCAUCACGUCAGCCUGAGGAGACAUAGCAGUUGUCUUAAACUCAUGAGAAUAAAAAGUGUAAUUUUUUAAAGAUUUUUCCUCUUUUUUUCAAGUUGGUUUCUGCAUUUUUUUUCUCAAUGGAAGUUAUUUCUAAAAUUGGACCGGAGAAACAUAACUAGGACAUGGUUCCCAGAGCUUCUCUGGCGUUCACUUCUGUCGCAGAAAAUCUGUUUAUGAAUUAACGAUGUGAAGUAGAGAGUAGAAUUAAUCCCCGGCUGGACAUGUCCUCUUUGAAGCUUUAUUUUGAAGAGUAAGAAGUGAGCGAAGUAGGGGACCGCUGUUGUAGAUGUGAGUUAAAGGCCGUGUGAACAGAACAUCACCUGAUGACAGCCGGUCAGUUUUGGACUCGGGAAUCAAACUCCUCCAAAAACACGAGCUUCAUGGUUUCAACUUCACAGAAUCAUAAAAAAAUUUAGACCAACUAAAAAUAACAAAUGCAAACAAAAAUAACAUAUUUGGUUGUUCUGUCGAUUUCUCUCUCUCUCUCUCUCUCACACACACACACACACACACACACACACACACACACACACACACACACACACACACACACACACACACACACACACACACACACACACACUCUUGCACGAACACACAGGUGGCUCAGAUCUUUCUAUGUCUGUGGUUUCAGCCCUCAUGCUGCCAUCUGGCUAUAGGACCGGUGCCAACUUCUGUGGUUCAUACACACACACUCUCAAACACACACACUAAAACACACACACACACACACACACACACAGUGAUGAUACUAUUUGUUAGGAAACAUUUGUGUUCCAGCUUUCUUUUUUCCUCUCCUGAAAACAUUUAUAGAAACACACUCUCACUGUCUCUCUCUCCUGCUGUCAGCAGCUUAACCUGCCGCCAUCAUGUAUGCAUGUUUGUGUUUGUGUGUGUGUGUGUGUGCUUGUGAGUGUGAGUGCUUCAAUUGCGUAAUACUCCAUGAUGCAGCAGCAUUAACUGUAAUUUAAUUGAAUUUAGCAGAGUGCGAUGUAACUGUUGGUCUGAUUAUUUAGUGCGCUUGACUGCAGUGAUGCAAAAUCAGCAUCGAUCAAACGUCAUUGAAAAUCAUUCAGUCACUGCCCUGACAUGACAAAGACAAAGCUGUGUGUGUGUGUUAGGUGUGUGUGUGUGUGUGUGUGUGUGUGUGUGUGUGUGUGUGUGUGUGUGUGUGUGUGUGUUAGGUGUGUGUGUGUGUGUGUGCGUGCGUUCCGGGCAGUGUAAAGAAAGGACUUGUGUCUCUAAGAGGGAUUUGACCAGUUUCAUAACCGAGGAUGAAGGUGUAAUCCCCAAAAGGACUUCACUGUUCCCUUUGUGCUCUCUGAUUGUGUGUGUGUGUGUGUGUGUGUGUGUGUGUGUGUGUGUGUGUGUGUGUGUGUGUGUGUACAUGUACGUCAUGCUCUUUAUGUCUUUUUCAAUAUUAAAAAUUGAAAGCUUUAUUGUCAUACGAACAUGUGGCUGUUUAUUGUACAAUAUGAUUCUCUUAGUGCGGUCCUUUCUGACUUUAAUAGCAUAAAAGGGACAAAUUAGAGCUGCAGAAUACUGAGUGCACCAAGCAGCAUCGAUGUAAUAAACUUAGUGUGACAGUUAUUAUCUCAAAUCUACAUUAUGGCAAAAAUAAUUUAAUAAUUCAAUUAUAAUUCAAUUAAGUAAUUCAAUUUAAGUUAAGCAUCUCCUGUCUAUACCGGAUGAUCUCCUUGACGGUGUAAACACUUAAAUUUCCUAGUUUUUAAAAAAAUGCAUUAUCUUUCAUUUUUGCAGUAUUGUUCGAUUUAAAUUGGACACCACAGUAUUAGAGACUCUCACCCCCUCCAACACACACUCACUGCACUGAGGAGCUCCUUAAGAGACAGGAUGCUCCACCCCAAGUGUGUGACAGAGAGGUAUCACAGGUUACUACUACCUGUUGCUGUCAGACUUCACGACAGAAACCUCAGUGUGCACUAAACCAUAUAAUAUGUAUAUUCUGUACACAUGUAAAUAAGACUCAUAUACAUAUCUUUUUUAACUUUAAGUUUCUUUAUCCUUUAAUUUCUCUUUUUGUGUCUGUAUUUAUGAUGCUGUAAUUUUGGAAUUUCCCCCCGUGGGUCUAGGGCUGUCCCGAUACGAUAUUGAUAUUGGUCCAAUAUCAGUCAAAAAAACAAAUAUCAGAUUAUAUUGGCCCGCAUCCAAAAUCUCAGAUAUCAGCACUCCCCUACAGGCAGUCCAUUUCAGACUCCACUCUAGCACCUCUAGCUAGCAGCGCCCUGUUCCAGCAUGCAGAGCCCUAGUGAUCACAACAACAGUGUGUACUAAUGCUACGUUCCAGUUACCUCGGAAGUCAGAUGUUGGAGCUGAAAAUGACGUCACACCCGGGUUACCAGCGUUUCAGUGACCAAGUUGGAAAAAAGCAAAAUCAAAGGCGGAAACAAGAUGGCUACAUUUACUAAAGUUAUUUUAGCGCUUGCCUUGUCUUUGCUUGUAUUUGGACAAGGCAAGCGCUAAAAUAACGUUUGGAGAUGUAGCCAUCUUGUUUCCGCCUUUGAUUUUGCUUUUUUCCGCCUUUGUAACAGAAACGCUGGUUACUCGUGUGUGACGUCAUUUUUAGCUCGGACUUCUGACUUCUGAGGUAACUUGAAUGCAGAAUAAAGUACCAACAAAGUAGAAAGGAGUCGGAGUGAUGUGGGCCGUGUGGCAGUAUUUUUCGUUACAGUCCGAAAAAGACAUUGCAGCUGAGUGAAAAACUUGUCAUGCACAAUUUUGUGCCAAUAUCGGAUCAAUAUCGGUAUCGGCCAAUAUUGGUAUCAUAUCGAAAGUAAAAAAGUUGUAUUUGGACACCCCUAUGUGGAACUAUUAAAGGAAUAUCUUAUCUCUUAUUAAUUUGUAAAUAGUGCUAAUUAUAUCAGAAGACCAAAUCGAGAUUUCCACGGAAGAAAAUUCUGCAUCUCAGCUGAUGCUUGAGAGUUACAUAUAUUUGCACAUAUACGUACCUGAGCAGUUGUUUUUAAAUACAUAAUUCAUGAGAGCCUUCGCUCAGCUGUCACAUGCUCCUGUAACGAGAUGUGUCUCUGACAAAUAAAACGCGUCAGAUCCCGUGUCUCUUCAUGGUGGUGGUUGCUUACGGUUGUCACACUUUGAUCAGCUGUUUGGAUGCAUCUAAAAGACGUAAACAAAGGUUUCAAAAUGACAAUCGCACAUGUUUGAUCUUCUCCUCUCUUCUCUUUAGUUCAGUACCACGCAGGUCUGUACGGAGGGAACAACAACAGCAGCUCUCCUCUCUCCAGCCGGGGGAAUUCGCCGAUCGUAUGCGAGCGCUGUGGAGAAGUUUGUCGUGGGGAGGUGGUGCGUGUCAAAAAGACACACUUCCACGUUCACUGCUUCACCUGUCAAGGUAAAAAACACAUCCUCUACUCACCUGCACUUGCUAAAAUCUUCCAUAAACACUUGAGGAACAUGCUCUUUUAUUCUCCACUCCUGCAGUCACACACAACAUACAAUGUGUGGAUUCCACCCACGUCGAUUUAGCACAGUUGGAUGUUAAAUAAUUACUGGCACUCAGACAAAAAGGAACCAGCACAAUUGAAUCAGUGACAGUCUCUGUCUCUGCCUGUAUAAAUAGAAACUGAACUUAUCCGGGAUCAAAGUCAAACUGCAGUAGAGCAGAGAAAUAUUCAAUAAUUGGACAUCUGUGUGUCGCCUGAGACAAAAGGUGGAAUGAGAUUUCUUCACAUCCAGCAGAAGGUGGAGACGUCUUUGUUGGCCCAGUAGUAGGGCUGGGCGAUAUGGCCGCAAAUCAAUAUCACAAAAUAUUGAUCAGUUCACCGUGGUAACGAUAAAUGGACGAUAACUACUCCACAAGCUGCCCACCCCCUCCCACAUUAACUUUGUCUACUUCAGCCGCUACAACUUUUGAACCGUCCUCCAUCUCCUCACCUGUCUUUCCCUCUUUGUAAUGGAACUUGAUGGGGUGGAGUCACGUCUCUGACGUAGGACAGUGUCUUAAAGGGACAUGAGAGCAUAGCCUACCUACACACAUCCAAAACCAACUGUUGUUUGUUCAUUUUUUGACACAAAAUAUACCGAUAUUGGAAAAAUUACGUAGGUUAUUGUCAUAAAUUUCGGUAUCUGUAAUUUUUUGCUUUAUCGCCCAGCCCUACCCAGUACAGGGCUCGACAGGGGAACCAUUUCACUUGCAUUUGCGACCAAAAAUCGGUGUGUGUGAAUUGUAAAAUGUAUUUAGGGGCACAACAGAUGUUUUUCGUGUAAAUACCGCAGUGAAGUUAGUUUUAGGUUGGAUAUCCGACGGACAUUCACUGAGGAUCUACUGGUGUCUUCUCACUCUCCAUAACCGGGAAUGGCAACAGCAGAGCGGUUACAUCUACUUGGCACCCUCGCUGUCAACGUUGCGUGUUAAAUAAGGGACCAUCAAUAAAUUACCGGUUGAUGUUCUCAAAAAAAGGCUGUUUUCCUUCAAUAGCCUCCAUGUCAUGUGACCAACAGACCUACAAUUGAUUUCAAAUAAUAGCACUUAUGUCGACCAAUGAGACACACAUUAUUGGAUCAAUUUUCGUUGUGCCCCUAAAGUUCCUUGUGUGCUCCUUGUGAAAAAAGUUAGUGUCAAGCCCUGCCAGCAGCAGUAUAACUGUGUCAAAAUCUCCCAGCAGGAACUUCCAAUCCAGCCAUAUUGGUUUUGUCCACUUACUGUACCUGAGUGUGCGGUUGUCUGUGUGUGAACAUGCUUUAGGUCAGUGUUUGUGUGUUUGCAUAUUCGGGCUCCACCGGUGAGCAGGUGGGACAGAGCUCACAAAUAGAGGUCUGCAGUCAGCAGCUGGCUAUGCAGUGCAGUCAGCAGGUUUUCAGUGCGUCGACAGACCCCAACCAGCUAACCUCUUUUUCACAGGCCUGGACUCGCACAGUCCCAGAGCGCGCCGCGAGACAUCACUGUUUCUGUGUGCGAUCUGCCGGAAGCAUCUCCUGGAUACACACAGCGAGAGAAAAAGAGGACCUUCCUGUUUAGUUGUUUUUAUUUACUCCUUUAUCCUGUGAUGACCAGAUUUAUCGAUGGAUAUGUUUCCUCUUUGAUAUAGGAGUAUUUACUACUGUGGAUGUUUAUUCUUGCAGUGUAAGCUUAAUGACUUUUAGCUAAUUGAUCAGGGCCUGAGUAGAUCUCAGCUAAUGAAGAGGACACAUAUCAAAUCUUCUUCUUUUAGUACAAGAGCUCAUUAUUUUUUUUUCUCCCCCUAGCUGUCCCUCUCUCUCUCUCUCUCUCUCUCUCAUCUCACAUCCUUUGUCUGUAGCGUUGAGGGUUACAGUGCAUCUUUGUUUGGUAACUGUGUAAUCUCCUGUUAGAGCGGCUAUUUGAGAUUGAAGAGAGGGAAUGAGAGAGGAGAUUUGGGAUAAAGGAGGAAUGGAAACAGAUGAGUGAGAGAGAUGAGAUGGCAAAAUUUAAGUAUAUUAUACAACACUUAUUUCUGAACGGGUAAUUUGAUUGGAAAAGAACCAGUUUAGGAGUGCAGAUACAGAGUAGAAUGGAGUUUUCACUUUCACAGAUGUUUUUAGUACUGUUCGUUAAUAUUAAAGCAAACGGUGUAUGUCUACACUGAUAAAGCUGAAACCCCUGAUUCUCACAGACCACCUAAGAAAAGUCAUUGGACUGUUAAUUUCACUGGCUGCUAGUUAAAGGGAUAUUCUGGCAUAAAUUUAAGUUGUGGUCAAAAAAAAAACGUAACGUCAACUUAAGCCGAAAACAUACAGGGCCCUGACGAGUCGAUCACUGAGUGCAGCGGAUCAUUUCCAUGAAGUAAUAAUCAUAAAUGUUCUUCCUUGAGCUGCGAAACUCCACUGCACUCUGUGAUCGACUCAUCAGGGCUCCCCCAUAAACAAGAGGCUGCUGGAGGAGAGUGGGUGAGUCGUGUUUGGUCUCAUUGUGAAUAUCCCUUUUGGGGAGAUCAUGAAAAGGCGUCGCUAUGAAUUUGAGUCUAUAUCAUAAACAUUAAAAAACUCCUCAUAUGAGCUUUAAAGAAAUGCACUCUAAGUCGAUCUUUAAAAUGUACGAUUUAUCAAAGUAAACUGCCUCAAAACCAGUGAGGUACUUUUCAGACUGCUGUUUGUUUUAAGAGCAGUAUGGAGUAAGAACAUAAAACAUACUGCGAGUGUGUUUAAACAGGCCAAUCCCUGUAAUCUAAUCCCUCAUAAUAAAAAUGCAACUCUGCAAAUAUCUCUCCGCUCUCAUAAAAUCUGAAGAUAUAAAGGAGCACAUUUCUGAAUUUGUCCCCAUUUAAAGGAAAACGAUGACAGUUCUGAAGAGUUGGCUCCAUAUCCUGCCCGGUGUGCAGAUUCUCACCCGUAACUCAUCGAUGUGACUUGAAGGCUAAUUUUCAUCGGGUCCAGUCCAUCCUUACUGUAUGUUGUAUAUGGACCACAUUGGAUGUUGAGGCUCAUUUGGAUCCCCCCUGGUACGUCCAUCUAUCCUGAUCACACUCAUCCAAAUUCAGAGGAGCCACAGCAAAGAUAUCCGUCCCACGUUGAUGAAUAAAUGAGGGCAGACGGUGACAGGACGGCAGGCACACGCUGGAUGGACAGAUCGAUCGCCUCAUUGAUAUCUCCCCUGGGUCCCCCCGUCUCUGCCUCUUUGUACCCACACUUCGCCAUCUUCUUCUCUUUCUCCUCACAUAUGACGCGCUCUCCCUUCCUCCUCCUCCUCUUCCUCUAAUCUCUCCCUCGACACAUGUCUUCCCUUUCAUCUCUUCUCACCACGUCUCGUCUGGGCCUCGUGUCCAAAAUAAUCCUCCCCCUCUUGGCUUUUUGCACCAGACUAUUGAACCGUGUACAUCAUUUUUGACCUUUCGGCAUCUGAAAUCAAAUACCCCAAACAAACAGUCUGACUUUUCACAGUGCAGACACUUCCAGAGACAGAACAAGAUGUUUCACCUUAAAGCAAAUAUACAGCAGAUACUCGCAAUUUUGUUUUAAGGAUUUACAACCGCAGGGUCUUCACCUUCGAAGUCGAAUAAAAAAAAAGACACAUAACAGCUUACUGCAGGGCCUGACCCACUUUUGUUUGAAACCAGUUUGUGUUUUUUUCAGUCCAAGGCACAACAGGAGCAGUUUAUCAGUAUUAGUGUACUCUCAGCUGUACAUGCAGUCACGGAUGGUCUCCCUCUUUCCUCAGCAGAGACUUCAAGGACAAACCGAAGCUUUAACAGCUGUAUCAGCUCCGUUGUGUUCAAUCUUUGGUACGUGUGUGUGUGUGUGUGUGUAUGCGCUCUCACGCACAUUUGAACAGUGGGUCAGUGUGCUGGUGUUCUUGUGUUAUUCAAUGCAUGCUCUUUUGUGUAUUUGGAAGCCGAAUUAGAAAGAUGACACAGUCGACAUGUGUAUCAGGCCUCCAGGAGUCCUCGUUUUUUCUAAUCCGUCUUCAUUUGUAACCCUACAUUUUUGAUUCCCUCUCAAUCCCUCGACCCUUCGCUUGUGCCGCUGGCAGUAAACAAAGAAAUCAUUAUCUGGUUUCUUUCUGCCUGUUUUGUGUGUGUGUGUGUGUGUGUGUGUGUUUGUUUUGUGAUGUGUGUCCAGACCUGGAGCUUUUCGGUUUUAUAGUCUACAAAUCAUCGCUAAUGGAUGUAGAGGGAAAGUGUUUCAAUACUCCUGUGGCUCCCCUCAAACUGCAGCUUAACCUCCACCCCCCGCCCACCCUUGAACCCCUCAAGUUAAGCAGAUGAGGGGGAACGUAGCAGGCUGCGAAGGACUGAUAGUGAAAAUGGAUUAGAUACUAGGAUAACGAGAAGAGUGAAGAAAUUGUUGAGUCAUUGUUUUGCAUUUAUUUGAUUUAUGACCUGAAAUCUAGUUCCAACCUUCAGGUCAUCCACUCCAGGAUUUACACAUUUCUCUACAACUGAUUUUAAGAAACUUUCAUCCAGACAGAAGCAGCACUGAAUGAAACUUCCCCAUAGAAACAUGAACUUAAUUGAACUUUUCUUUAUCCUCCUGCAACAAAAGAAACUAAAGAGCCGCUGUGACAUCUUUGGACUGAGCCCUAAGAUUAUGUUUGACUGUUUGGGAACAUAUAAUGAAGUAACCACGAUACAUCUGAUCAUUUUAGGGCUGCACGAUAAAUCGAUUUUAAAUCGUAAUCGGAUUAUUUGUUUGUGACGAUGUUAAAAGAAUUAAAAUCGUCAAAUCGGUUUUCCUCUCUAUCAUGUCUCGCACCUCCAGGCCACUGUAGGCUCCCCCCUCCCAGUUCCCACACACACCAGUGUAAACAAACAUGGCGUUUGUUAAAGAAGGCGAUCAUUUCGUGACUAAAUAGUACAAGAGCAAGUCAGUGGUGUUAAAUUGGUACAACUUUGCAGUCUCAGAUGAAGCGCAAACCACUCCCCCCUGCAAAGUCUGUCUGAAGGCAGUAUCAACACGUCCACACGGAAACUAAUUCAGGAGUAAAGGCAAAAGUUUUUUGCCGUAUCAGCGUUUCGUCCACAUGGAAACGCAUUACUUUUGUGGAAACGGGUCAGAGAGUGCAUAAAUCUGUAAACGACGACCAUUUCAUCUCCGUGUGGAUGUCUAUCUGCGUCUCUGGAAACGAUCAUGUGACACACAGAGUAACUCUUUUAUGGUGCCUGCUUGUGUCCGGUCAAAACAACAUUAAUACACAUGCUCUGUACUCUUCUUCUGUCUUUUGUGCAUUUCCUCUGCAGCACUACAGCGCCACUUACUGGCUUGGCAUAUGCACCACAUCGUUUUCAGUGGUUUCGUUUUGAGAGAUGAUAGAAAAACGUAUUUUUAAAGUGAAGUUUGGUGACGUUGCCACUGAAUAAAAAAUCAAAACCUAAAAUCGAGAUUUCAGAGAAAAAAUUCUGGAUUUUAUAUUUGGCAAAAAUCGUGCAGCCCUAGAUCAUCCAUAUUAUUGUUUUCUCAGUACAAGUAUAUGAUCAUCAUAUUGAUCCAUGAUGAUCCUAAUCAUCAAUCUAUGUGCGAGAACUCAAAGGCUGCAUUGAGGUCCCUGCUUUCUCUGAAGGCGCUUGUGCUGAUUCAGCACAUGGAGCAACCUCAAACACUCAGCCAGGGCCAACAGGUGGGGUCAGGGCGAGGUCAGGAUGAGGUCACGUGGUGUUAUAAGGUCUCUCCUGGCAGGAAUGCUGCGGGGCCAGCUGACAGCUCUUCAGCCCAUUUGAACAUAAAGCUUCAGUCAGCAGGUUCAAGCGGCAGCAGGAAGAUUUGUCCUGACCGUCCCUGAAAGACUGAAAUGUCAUGUGACAGAGGGAGGUAAUGGAUGGCAGCGGAUUGUCACAGCCUCAUUUAGAUUCUGGGAGUCGUCUGCUGUGGCCUUUCUGUUAUAAUUGAACCACUAAAUGAAAGCCCAAUGAAAUGAUGUUGGCUCAGACACAGUUUUCCGCACUUUUAAUGACACUUGAAACGAUUAUUUGACAAAUUUCUGUCUGAGUUGUUCGCUCAUGCUCACCAUAGAGGUACUCUGGGUGCUGCCUGCAUAUCGCAUAUGAGAGUUUGCUUUCAGUGGGAGAGUCGCUGUGGUGACGUUCUGCUCAAACCGCGUAUCCCCCAGGGUGAGCUUUGCAAUCUUUGCACGUCCAUAGGCUGUAUCAAGUGUCCACAGCUCCGUAGGGAUUGCUGGAGGAGGCGGGGUUUAUGACCAAUACUGCAGCCAUAGGCUGUAUCAAGUGUCCACAGCUCCGGUCACCAGAGGGUGCUGUUCAGAUGGCGUCUAUUCACAGUCUAUGGUCUAUGUCCAUGCAGGCGACUCUGCUUUGCACACCCCUGCUGCUGUUAGCAUGAACGCAACAGCAUAGAGGUGCCAGUUUUGCUCGAAGGUCAUUCACACAGCUUGUAUACAGUGACGAUAGUCCUGGUGGGUGGUGGUUUAGGUUUAACCCGACCCUUGACACUUUGCGUGUCAUACCCACAUCCUGCUUUCCCAGUUUCUCGUCUUAAUAAAGGGAUACAAGCCCCAAAGUAGUUCAAAAAGGGUGACAGUGCUGAAGUUAACCAAAAUCAGGAAUAAUUUGAUGUUAUAAGGAAACAAAACGUGUUUAAGGCCGACAUUUGCCCAGAUCAAAUCACAAACACUGGGGUGAUAUUUUUCUUCUGCAGUUGUAUGUUUUCAUUCAAGAGGGCCUUUUUUAAUCUCCACUUAAAAACAUAUUUAUUUAUUUAUGCUGGCUUUUAAUACCCAGUACUGUGGUGACACUUUUUUUUAUUGCAUUGUAUUUUAUUCUUUUUUUUAUUGCUUUUUAUUGUUUUUAUUUACUAUGUAUUGUAAAGCACUUUGGUUCACCGAAAGGUUUGUUAUAAAGGGCUUUAUAAAUGAAGAACAUUCACAUUUACAUUUUACAUUUGAUCUGUUCUCCGGUUAAAAUUAUAAAUAUAUUUUUCUUCUGCAGUUGUAUGUUUUCAUUCAAGAGGUGUUUUUUGUCCAAAGCCGUAUACGUCUGAGAGUUAGUAUGACGCAAGUAAUGAUCUAGACAGGAAGGAAGAACAUUCGUAAAUACCAUAAACUGGAGGCAAAUGUUUAAACUCAUUGUGGUGCUUCAUUUAAAGUCACAGUUUAACCGAAGUCAUGACAAUUCACCCGUGGUUCUUGGUCUCUGAAGACAGUUUGCAGAAAAUAGUCUGAUCUGAAAUCCAAAUAAACCAGAGGCCUCUGAGGGGAGGACAAACAGAAACAGCUCCCACUCUGUCCUGUUUUUAUCCUUCCUUAACAGCUUUCCACCCAGACAGUGAUGAACAUGAGCGCGCUAUCAGCGUGGUGAGAAGAGAUGAGAAGGACCCAGAGAUCAUCCUCAAAUGUCUCAGUCGAGAAAGAGAAAAAACAACCUGUUUAAAUGUGUGAAAGUGUCUAUUUAUAAAACCACACAACCCCAGCUGUGGUUCGGCAAAUCCUUAUUCUUGUAACGCAUCAACAUACAGAGACUUUUAAAAUCCAGCAACUCAUAUAAAUCACAUACAGUUGUGUUUAUGUCUGUGUGUGUACAGUACAUAAAGAAGUGUAAGUCUUCCACAGUGAGCAGAUUUACUCUCACACAGAUUGAUAAAGGUCACGCUGGCAUUUAAAAGUUGUGCAACAGCAGCUUUGCCCCGACAAAAACACAAUAUCAGAGACAGAGGAGGCAGGAAAACAAAAACACUGUGAAAUACUUCUUGUUUUUAGAACAAUGUCCUAGUUCUGCUUUUUUUGACUUCAGGCUAUAUAGUGGGAAAAAAAAGAAAACUUUCAGUUUUGGGACAAAAAUCAAAGUGACCUUAUUUGCCGGAAACAACAAGCACUUCAAAUGACUUGAGACUCUUGUGAAUUUGUACAUAAUGCAUUUCUGUCGAAAGCAAGUGAAAACUUUUCAUUUCUGCCCUAAAUGGAUUAGACUGCAGGAAAGAGACAGGAAAUGUGGAGAGGAGAAAGUGGAGAAGACAUGACAAAUUGUCAUGAAGGGGAAUCUAAUAAACCGCUGGGGUAAAUGUUAUAGCCUCUACAUGAGGCGCACGCUUGAACUGUUCCGAUGAGGGUUCGAUCAGGGUUAUCAUGAUCCAUGUAGGCUUUACUUAACACUAUGGGUCAGUCCCAAUUGUCACUCUUACCCCUUCCCCUAUGUCUUACUCCUUUGUCUACCCUUCCACGCUCCUAAGAAACGAGACGCCACUCGAUUCCCACAACGUCUUCAUGCCUUGCCGCUGUGUCGUAGGCUGAUGCGACAAUACCGGUAAACAAGUCAGAAAACAACCUAGUGUUGUAACGUUUAGCCACUGUUCGUAACAGCAGUUGGACAUCAGUGUAGCUAUCGAUAGCUACAGCUUCGUUAGCUAGCUCGUCGUACUGUGCGAUUUUAAAACGUAAACAAUUCAAAAAAAUGUUAAUAUUUACGUGGAUUAGCAAAGGAUUAAAUAUCUGACUAAUAACAGAAGUGUCAUUACUAUGACAAUCAUAUCAUAAUCGUACCCCUCGCUUUCAAGUGACAAUACUGGUAAACGAGUCAGAAAACAUCCUACUGUUGUAACGUUUAGCCUUUGUUAGCUGUUGUUUGCAAUAGCAGUUAGACAUCAGUGUGGCUAUCAAUAGCUAUAGCUUUGUUAGCUAGCUCGUCAUAACGCGUGAUUUUAAAACGCAAACAAUUCAAAACAUAGCUAAUAUUUACGGGGACUAGCAAGAGAUUGAUCAAAUCUGAUUAAAAAAAGACGGUUCUGGUUUUUGUUCUGGAAAAUGCAAAAACUAAGGAAGAGUCUGUCACCUGCCCUGGUGUCACUUUCAGACAGAAAUAGUCGAUCCUUGUGCUGAUAAUCCUGUUUGCUUUCAUUAUCUGAGUCUGUUUUUCAUGAUUUGCUAAAAACUCCUCACAGGGGUUUGAGAUGUUGCUUUACCGUCUCUAUGUCUUCAGGUUGGUUCCAGUGGACAUACAUUAGGCAGCUGGACUGCUCGUCUUGCUACAGUAUCUCUCCCUCUCUUCCCCCGUCCUUUAUUCCCACCUCCCCCUUCUCUCCCUCUCUCAGCCUGAGCCACUUAACACUCUGGCCUGGAUCAGAGGGGAUCCAUUCACUCCUCUGGGUUUAGAGCCAUUAGUUAAAUUAGAGAUUUUCAAUUCACUGUAAGAUAUCUUGAUCUGUUGGCUUUCAUUCAGGUGUCUGACUUCAGGUUUCUAUAAAGGAACUGUUUUUAUACGGAUGUUGAAACAUCAGAGGUAUCAUGCUGUGUGCUUUGGCAUCUGUGUGAGUGAGCAGAUAAGGUCUCGAGCAGUGCUUUCAUUUAUUUUGACGUCUUUUGUCUUGAGGCACACUGGGCCAAUUUUCAUUUUUCAUUGAAUAGGGAAAGAAAUAAGAUGCAGCGAGGUAAAGGGGAGAAUAUUUCAGGAUGCAACUCCAGUGUGGUUUUGAGAAUGACAGUACAAGCAGCUACUAUGACAAGACUGGCCGAGGAGUCUUUAGUCUUUUACUCUUCCCACCGAACACCUGAUGUCAUUAAGACGUCUUUUUUCAGGCUAAAUCACGUUAGCCCCAAAAAAGACGUUAAAAACUGGGCUGUAUUUCGAUGGUCCGAAUCUAGACGUUGUUUAGGGAUAUAGUGAAGACGUCUUUUCAACAUCUUUUCAACCCCUUUUUGCUGGGUGGAUGGCGCUGUAGUUCUUUUCUGAAUGAGGGAUGUAACGGUAACCGGUUUAGCAGUAAAUUGUGAUAAAAAUGUUGAUGAUAACGAAUACCGUUUUAAUUUCAAAAAUCUGUGGUGUGGGGGGGUGAUGGAUCAGCUGUGAGAUCUCCGACGAUAACUAAUUAAUCAGCUGUGUGAUCAAGGACGAUAUCUCGCUAAUCGAUCAUCUGUGUGAUCGCCUAAUGCUAAUACUCAGUGCGUGCACUCCACGGUGCACUGCACGUAUGUAUGCUGAUACAUCUCCUACCCAGCAAAAAGUGGUUGAAAAGACGUCUUCACCAUACUUCUAAACAUCUAAAUUUGGAAAAAGGCUUUCUAUUGAGUUUGAAAUGAAAUCAUGGCGGAAGGAAGAGACAACAGCGCUGAAGACAUCCAUCAGCACUCUCAGAGGACCAAGUUGGUAGUAUGGGCAUAUUUUGGGUUUUGUAGGGAUGUCGAAGAAAUGCUUAGUUGAAGACUUUUAUCCUGUCUGGAUAUGAUGAAACAAUGAAAACAAGGUAUUGUUUUGCACCAGUUAAAAGUAUCAAAAAUUCUGUAAUAAUCAAUGCCUUUGAAUACAUUUUUAAAAAUACCGCGAUAAUAUCGAAAACCAUAAUUACUUUGGUCACAACAACCGUGAGGUAGAAUUUUCAUACUGUCACAUCCCUUUUCUGUACAGUGCCCUCGAUGCAGUUACAGUCAUGUGUUGUUAUUCCGCAACUGGCUCAAGCUGUUUUAUGCUCUUUAAUAUACAACUGAUGGGAAACAACAGCAGCCCCCUCCCUCACUCCCUCCCUCCCUCCCUGAUAACUGGAGCAAAUCAUCAUUCAGUUGCUUUCAAACUGUCUAACCAACCAGCUUAUCAGGAGCCCCCUCACCCUUAGCACAGCUGGACCAGAAGCAAUCAUUUGGCUGAGAGACUUUGCAUUUGCUAAAUAAAUAAAAGCCAUACAUCAUGCUGUCAGUAUAUACGGUAAACACAGCGGGUGUAUCUGUGUGCCUGGACAUGCAUCUACCUCACAACUCUGUCUCUGUAAAUAAACAUUAGUGUGUUCAUUAUGGAUGCACGGGCGUAUGCGCAAGAUGUAAUCUACAGUUAGACACAUGCAGAUGCACAUAUAUAUGAAAUCCUGUUUGUGUAGAAGUCCACAUGUUAGACAGAGUGUUUGUUUUUGUAUGCAUAGAUCACCGUGACAUACUGUAUUAUUUAACAGAUUAGAUGGUGACUGCUCUAAUCCCAGAAACCAGAUUACAGUAUUAACCCUUUUGAGGUCAAAAGGACAACAGGCUACUCUCCUAACAGCCCCUCACCCUCUAGACUGUCUGUCUCACACACACACACACUAACUGAUAUAUGGAGGGGGGGGGCUGUUAAUUUUCAGUCUAUAAGGCGCUCUUAAAAUCCUUAAAUUUUCUCAAAAAUUGACAGUGCGCCUUAUAAUCCAGCGCGCCUUAUGUAUGAUUACUUGUUGUGCUUGCUGACCGAUUUUAUGUGGUACAAUGCGCUCAGAAAACUGUUGAAAUAUGUAAGUAUGAGUUUGGUAAGCCGCUCCUCUCAAUGGGUAUUCGGAGCAUUACGGUACCCUGUGUUAGGAACUGAUCGUCCCAAAACAGGACCCCUAAGCGGUCUACAAUUCUGCCUGACUGUAAUGUCUAAACUAGAAGUGCAUUCAUGUAAGGCAGCCCGGGCCCGGAUUACACGCUAGCAACAAUAAACCAAUCAAUGCUUAAUGCGCCUUACAAUCCGGUGCGCCUUAUGUGUGAACAAAGACAUGUUAAUUCACAGUGCGCCGUAUAAUCUGGUGCGCCUUAUCGCCCAAAAAUACAAUUCAUACUAGGGCUGGGCGAUAUGGCCUUAAAUCAAUAUCAUGAUAUAUUGAUCAGUUCACCUUGAUAACGAUAAAUGGACGAUAACUACUCCACAAGCUGCUCACCCCCUCCCACAAUAACUUUGUCUACUUCAGCCGCUAAAACUUUUGAACCAUCCUCCAUCUCCUCACCUGUCUUUCCCUCUUUUUUUACGGACUGGAUGGGGUGGAGUCACGUCUCCUACGUAGGACAGCGUCUUAAAGGGACAUGAGACCAUAACAGACCUACACACAUCCAAAACCAACUUUGAUUUGUUUUUAUAUUUUAUUGACAUGGGCAAAAUGACGUUGGUUAUUGUUGUAAAUUUCGUUAUCGGUAAAUUUUCAGUUUAUCGCUCAGCCCUACCCAGUAGCAGUGUAGUUUUGUCAAAAAAAAACAAAAAAAACAACACCGAAUACACCAAAUGACGUCAGUUCUUGUCGUAAAUUUUGGUAUCGGUAUAUUUUCGGUUUAUCGCCCAGCCCUACUACAUACCCUGGAAACAAUAUGGAGACUAUUUACAGCAGCAACAGACACUGACUGUAUGUGCUCAUUAAGAUAAUCAGAAGUAGUUAUACUAACGGCUCUGUAAUACUUUCUCACCUUGCACUUUGCGGUGUGGUUGCUCUGCCUCAUACUUCUGGGCUCUAAUUCGAGCUGAUUCAGUUUUUCUUUUCUCCUUCUCUCUGCAGUGUGCGGCUGUGAUCUGGUGCACUCUGGGUUCUUUCACCACUCUGGCGAAUACAUCUGCACAGAGGACUACCAGCGGCUCUACGGGACCCAGUGUGACAGCUGUGAGCAGUACAUCACCGGAGAGGUGGUGUCUGCACUGGGGAGGACGUACCACCCGCACUGCUUUGUCUGCAGCAUCUGCAGGUGAGGAAAAAUGUCACAACCUUUAAAUUUAACAGGCCAAUGAAAGAUGUAAAGUAAACCUUAUUGUAAAAGUUGUUUACUUGGUAGUUAAAGAAAGUUAAGUGAAGAGUUUACAGUUCCAUUGUUGUGUCCUCAAGGAUCCUCCUGCUUUAUUUGAGACGUGUGACUCCUAAGAACAACACCAAGUAAUUAGAUUCUUGCAGUAAACUGUGCUCUGUGGUACCUCAUAAUGACUUUGCAAGUUUAUACACAACCUCUUGAAACCAUAGGUGGCCCUCUGUUAUUAAACACAGCCACAGCACUGAGACAAUACGUGGGCAGGAAACCCAACUAUACUUUUUUCUACGCCCAAGUAUAAUGCUGACAAUUUUAGAUUUUUCUUUGCAUGAAUAUGAAUAUUGUCAAACAGGAUCGUAAAAAGAAGAUAAAACAGGACAAACACUCACACACGGCAUAAAGGAAGCAAAGCUGCCUGUGCUGUGUGUGAGUGUUUUUAAGGAGGGGGUGUCAACAGAACUUUAAGUAAAUAAGUUAAGCAAAUUAAAGGAAAGGAAUUAAAGGAAAACAGGAACAUAAGUUGAUUUUUUUUUUCCAGAUUUAUGUGAACAUCAAAGUCAUAUCAGUCCCCCUCAAAUCUGAGACACCACACAAACUUGUAUUAAACAGAAAGUACACGCACUGAUAAGAGAUGGCGUGCUGUGGUUUUGGGAUUUUGUGAUGUGGGUGAACUGACUUUUUUUAAUCAUGAUUUCUGCAGCACCAUGUCUGCUCAGCUUCACUCAUAAUUUUUCUGUUUGUGAUCUCAGGAGUCCGUUCCCAAUUGGAGACAGGGUGACCUUCUGCGGGAAGAAAUGUGUGUGUCAGCAGUGCUCACACACUCUGAACAGUGACAAGCCCGUCAAAGUCCAUGGACCAAGCUGUAAGACGCACACACACACACACACACACACACACACACACACAAACACACACACACACACACACACACACACACACACACACACACACACACUAUUAUCAUCAAAACAUGAAAACUCCCAUGCAUACACUAAUACACUAGUAAAGAGGGAUAGGGUCACUGGAAAAAAAAAAAAAAAACAACAUUCCGUUCUGAUUUUAUUUUAUAACUAUUCUCAGAAAAAUGUCAGAAUUUUAAAAUUAGAGUCAGAAUUCUGAGAUUAUUGACAGAAUUCUGAAGAAAAAAAUCUGGAUUCUGAGAUUAAAGUCAGAAUUCUGAGAAAAAAAGUCCUAAUUCUGGAAAAAAAGUCAGAAUUAAGAGAAAAAAAGUCAGAAUUAUAAGAUUUAAGUCAGAAUUAUGAGAAAAAAGUCAGGGUUCUGAGAAAAUGGUUCGUUUUCUGAGAUUAAAGUCCUAAUUCUGAGAAAAAAAGUCAGAAUUAUUAGAUUAAAGUCAGAAUCCUGAAGAAAAUAUAGGUAUUAUUCUGAGAAAAAAGUCAGAACUCUGUCGGUCUGACUUCAAACUCAAAAUAUUAAUUAAAAAUUUAUAUUGGACUUUUUUUUCAUAGUGGCACUAAUCCUCUUCCAUACACUGAGUCUUUGCUGUUUAUGAAUAAAAAUCUACAGUAUUUUAUUGGCCCUGAAAUAAACAUGGCUUCUGCUGGGAGGAUUGUUCUUUUCAUGAAGAACUUGGGUCUAGUCUUAGUGAUGUGACACAUUUGUUUUUGAGGAGGUGUAAGAAACUUAAAGAUGGUGGUCACCAUAUUAGGAAAAAUGACUCCCAACAGAUUCUGGCUGAUGUAGAAACCAGUACAGAGGUGGAGUUUAGGGCUCAUUCAAGUCGCCUGGUAGUCAAAACAGCUGCAUCCCUACUGAUGCAAAACUCUUCACCGCAAUAUCAAGAAAAGAGAUGAGUUAUGUAAAUAUCUGCCCUCUUAUAAAUGAGUAAAUCAGGCACAGAGACCAAAUUGUCUCUUUUUAGGCUGUAAAAAAGUGAAACUUUGCUGUAAAAAUAGAUUUUAAGAUAAACUUUCCUUUUCAAGGUUCCCCUGACUUUGACAUUACUGCAGUUGUUUGCACUUUAGCAGUGACUUUACCUUUGCUGCCUGUCUUUGCCUUGGCCACUGUUUUCUUUACAGAGAGACGCAGAGAGGACACACACAUACUGCGGGGUGACUUUGUGGCCAAACCUUCACCUCUAAAUCAAAAGUUCAGUUUUUAAAUGAGUAAAUUUUCUUUUAGGUGGACCCUGAAUAUAUCAUAAGGCCCAAGUUAUGUUUUGUAACAUGUCACCUGAGCUACACAUGGACCUGAUAGUAAAAGCAGAGUCAUCCGUCACUGAGAUUUGAACUGACCUUAAAUUCAGAUUUACCUAACACAGGUGACUUUAACUGUCCACCUGCUCAACUGUGUGAAACAGCCGUGUACCCUGCAGCCUCACACACACACACACAUUCACACAUUCACACACACAUUCACACAGAAAGUGGUCCACUGCUCCAGGUAGUCUUGUAGCCUGGUUCUGGUGGCUCCAUCUGGUACAGACAGUGUGACAGUCUCAACAGGGGAAAGGAGCGAUAAAGGAAAGGCGUGAUGAGAGGUUGGCAAAGUGAAGAAGCAAGGGCAGAGAGGAAGGACAAUGAAUGCUCAAAAAAGUGUCUUUUUUUUUUUUUUUUAACACCUCCUUGUUUUCCUCCUCUCGUCUCCUCCAGACUGUGCCGGCUGCGGUGAAGAGAUCAAACACGGUCAGUCUCUGCUGGCUCUGGAGCGACAGUGGCACGUCAGCUGUUUUAAAUGCCGUACAUGCGGCUGUGUGCUCACGGGGGAGUACAUCAGCAAGUAGGUGUCUGGAUCCCCAAAUUGUCAGACUUACUGAUUGAUCAUAGAGCACAAUCUUCACCUUACCGUCUACUUUAAGACUUUGAUUAAAUCAUCACAUUGAGACCUGAUUUCACCUGAAAACUUACUUUUAUAUCAACAACAAAUACAAUCUUUUGUUUUCGCUUUAUUUUGUGAUUCAAAUGCCUCAGGUUAGGUAUUAAAAAUACAGCCCGUUGAUGAGAAAACACAGUUGCACAAACAAAGCAAACUUCAUGUGUUCAUUUCCUCUCGGCAGGGAUGGGAUACCUUACUGUGAGACAGAUUACCACUCUCAGUUUGGGAUCAGGUGUGACAGCUGCAACAGGUACAUCAGCGGUCGAGUACUUGAGGUAAGCCAAUUUUCCCAUGUGUGAAUAAUAUAUGUCUGUGUGACUGUGAGUGCAGUAGACAGAGAGAGUGCAGGGUUUUUGUCUCUGUGUGAAACAAAGUGUGGGUCUGUGUGCUCAUUUGAAACGUGUGUGUGUGUUUGUCGGUCUAUAAAAAGCUGUGAAGAAACGCAGCUGUCCCUCUUAAAAUGACUCAAGUGUUGACUGACAAAGCAGCUUCACAAAUCCGACAAAGCAAGGCUCUCCUAUCUCCAUUUUUCCCUUUUCAUUCCCAUUUCUUCCAUUUCUUAUCGCCGCUCUCGCUCUUCCUGAAUCUUCAUUGUUUUAUUUCGAUUCGCCGCCACUCUCAUCAUCUACUGUUGCUUCUCCUUGCCUUGUUUUUUCCUCCCGCUACUCUUUCUUCCAUCUUCAUCCUGUUAUUCUUCUUUUCUCUAUCUCCUGUCAUGAUCUUGUCCUCCCCUUCACUUUCUUCUUAUAAACUUUUCUCCCCCUGUCCUUUUUUUUCCCUCCUCCCUCUCCUUCUGUGUCCUUUCCUGUUCUUCCUCUCCUCCAGGCUGGAGGGAAACGAUACCACCCCAGCUGUGCCACAUGCGCUCGCUGCCACUUGAUGUUCCUAGAGGGAGAGGAAAUGUACCUUACAGGUGAGGUAAAGAGAAGAAAAAAGAGACAAAUAUUAAAUGUUUGAUUUUAUAAAAAGAAAAAGUAAAGCCACAAAAAGGUGCUCCUGCGGUUGCACGGUGUAAAAAUAGACUUGUAGCAUGUAUUGAAUUAGCUGAAUGCUGCCAUUAUCCAGAUGGCCUCAGUGUUUCCGUGUGUGUGAGUGUGUGUGUUCAACAAAAGGAGACCAGUUAGAGUACGUCUGCUUUUAACACACUACAGUUAUAAAGGUUAUUGAUCCCACAUAUAACACACUCUCUCUCUCACACACCCACCUUCACCUUGUUGAUGUUUCCCUGAUCCACAAAGGUUGGAGUCAAUUACCUCUCAAGCUUCGUCUCUGCUGUGUUCAUUAUUCUGCGCCGCUUCAGACAGAAUUAAUCUGAAUGAAACCAGGAGGUCCCAAAUGAAUCAUCCCAGACCCUCUGUUUGUAAAUUAGAUUGAAAAAAUAAGACUCAUUCUGUAAUUGAAAUGUAUGUAAAACAGUCUCAACCGUGUGGUCUGCACAUUGCUUACAUUGUUAUGCUGUUUUCUUUUUUCUUUCUCAAAUUAACAAGCCAAACACUAAAGGCACCGUGAGGAGUUUUCACGCUCUCUUGACCCUUUUGGGAUAAACUCUACAUUUCCUUUGAGCACCAUUACCAACUGCAUUUGAGAUACGGCUCUUGUCUUCUCUUUAGUUCUACUUUCCAGUGUAGAAAAGUUUUUUCAGGUGCGGUAUUUAUAUGUUAACUCUCAAAACGUGAUAGAUUUUGAGUUAUCGUAUUUUUCGCACUAUAAGGCGCACUUAAAAUCCUCCUACCAUAGCCUCGCGGAGUUAUUGAAUAAGUUAAAUAAAGUUUGACUUAUCUGACUGAUUGUUUGUCUUAAUGCGCCUUAUAAUCCUUUAUAAUCCGGUGCGCCUUAUGUAUGAAAAUAGACAUGAAUAGACGCGUUCAUUGAUGGUGCGCCUUAUAAUCAGGUGCGCCUUAUAGUGUGAAAAAUACGGUAUUGUCAGAUAUGACAAACGGUGAUUAGAUGAAGCAGUUUGAUGUUGAUUUUAAAGGCUUCAGUGACAUUAUGUCCCAAUAGAUGCGAAAAUAUGUAGGGCUGCAACUAACGAUUAUUUUUGUUGUUGACUAAUCUAUUAAUUUUUUUCCGAUUAAUCGUGAUUCGAUUAAUCAUAAUUCUAUUGAUCGAUUAAUCAUGAUUAUCUUCAUUAGCACCUAUUUUGGACCUACAUUCAUCCUAAAGUUGCUUAAACUUCCACAACAUUACAAAUGCUAGUACAGACAGGGACUGAAAUGAAAAAUGUCAAAGCAGCUGCCUGCCCCUGUAAUUCACUGAUUACUGCCGUAAAGUACACAUUAACGUAAGUGAACUAGCAUUCACUAAGCAAGCUCCUUUCUAUAAUUUUACAACUGAAAGACGUACGAAUUAAAAGUUUUAUUAAUCAGCAUCAUAGGCUGAUGGAUUAAAAAUAUCUACGAGGUAUCAACUAUCAACAAGGUCAUCUCUUUGCGGUACAUGAUGAUACACGGGGGCGUAGGCAUUUAAGGUGUUCAUGCAUCACCGUAGUGCUACCCUAGGAUGCGAAUUGAGCUUCACAGAGAACACAUUUCGCGUGUUGCGUUGGUUUCAUUGAUAUGUUCCCGAACUUUGAAAACUUUGGGUUGGAGUUUUUGAGUCUUUUUGUAAUUCGUGCGUUUCCUUGUGGGAUGUAAACAGCGAGCAAUACUGCCCCCUGCUCUUCCUGUUGUGCACUGCAAUUACAGAUGAGCAUGAAGAGGCCGGUGUGUGAUUUACAGCAACAAUAACACAACAUGUCAACGCUUAAAUUUUCACGUUGACGUAAUCGAUUACGUCGACUAAUCCUUGCAGCCCUAGAAAAGUGUUGAUAUCUUUGUAGUUUGACCCUUUUUCUUCAAACAGCAGUGAAGAAUUUAAAUGCUAUGUUCCAGUUUCCCCAUUCAAAAACAUUAUAUCCUCUAAAAACAUUUGUAUUUUCCACAGUCCUGCUCCAGUAUCAGCUAUGGGUGCAAAAAAAACUCACUAACUUCCUCCUCAGCAGUGUUUUUUUCCACGGAGAGUCCAACCCAAACACCAGUAUUAACAAUAAAUUAAAAGACAGAUUAUAAAACACAUAAAAAAAGUUGAUAUUGAUAUCAAAGUCCACUGGCUGAAAAGAAAAUGUGAUCAAAAUGAAUUAACAUUCGAAAGAGUUUUCCGGCUUUACAUGUCUGUUUUGUUAAAGUGAAAUAAGCCAUAUUACCCUGUUUACAAGAUACCUAUGCAAAUGAAUUACAUAUGCACACACACUGUAGGAGAUAUUACUGUGUAAAGAGGCCACACAUGAGCGUCAAAACCCUGCAGCCCAUAAGUGUGUGCAUGUUUUAUUAAGAUAAAGCUGAAACAGUAAAAGAAUUCAGACAGCACCACAACAAACAGCGCUCUGGUGGAAGCAGAUAGUUUAUGUAACACAUAUAAUUGGUGCAGACGGUGUUGAAUCCAGAUUAACUGUUGAACUACUGUAGCGUAACAUGUGGCUGACACACAGAGUCAGAGUCACCACAGGAGUUGAUGCCUCCUGUUUCACCUCAUUGACAUUCUGCUGCGCGCUCGCUCUCUGCCAACAGUAAAAAGCAGGCCUUUGCAUAAUUCACCUGAAGUCAAUGUAUGUUGGUGUGUUUUAAUCUGCACCUGUAAAAGCAUGCUCAAGUAUGCUAGUGUAUCUGCAUGAAUGCAUGUUUGCACACUGGUGCGUCUGCAUAUGAAUGCAGGUGUGUGUGUGUGUGUGAGUGAGUGUGUGUGUGCAUGCUGAGCUCCAGUGAGCUGCCCCAAGGUUACAUUCACUCCUUUUGAUGACUUCAGACAUGUAGGAGGGCUGAGCGAUCACCCUUGUGAGACACACUCAAUUACAACACGCCAGCACACAGACACACAAACACAGGAGCGUACACAUCGGCAAUCAAUCUCAUGAUGCAUGUUUGGAAUAAGAAGUAGUGUGUGGGUCUUUGUGGUAAACUGUGUUGAAAAAGUCUUAAAUGAACUACGUAAUUGUAAAAAUUAAAACUGGUACAAGUUUGAAUAUAACAGUGUCUUUGACUUUCGGUUAGUUGAUUUGAUUAUACAGAAAUAUUUAACAUCUUUUUUGCAGUGUAGCAGUAACACUUCCACCAUACCCCAACAUGAUAGUUUUGCAGCUUUUGCUUGUUUAGUUGUUGCAUCAGGUCCUCAGCUCCUCCAGACAUUCAACCAGAUUUGCUUUUUCAAGGAUUUUCUUCACUGUGUUUAACGAAUGUAAAACUUUACAAGUUUUAAGACAAAGAAUUGAUGUCAGAUAAUGAUAAUUUUUUUGUUUCCAGUUUGGCCCACUAGUUUCUAUAGAAGCCCAUUUGCACCAGUAAAAAAAAAUUGGAAAGUUAAAAAAAAAAAAGGUUAAGUCAUAAUUAUGAGAAACUAAAUCAAAAUUAUGACUUAGUGUUUAAUAAUAAUAGGAUGCUACGUCAUAAUUAUGGGAUAGUAUCUCAUAAUCUUUAGAUAGUUUCUCAUAGUGUAUGAAGUAGUAUCUCAUAAUUAUGAGAUAGUAUCCCCUAAUUAUAUCUUAGUAUUUGAUAAUUAUGAGAUAGUAUCCCACAAUUAUGACUUAGAAUUUAAUAAUAAUGGGAUACUAAGUCAUAGUUGUGGGAUACUGUCUCAUAAUUGUGAGAUACUAUGUCAUAACUAUGAGAUACUAUCUUAUGAUUAUGAGAUAUUAUCUCAUAAUUAUAAGAAACUGAAUCAAAAUUAUGAGAUAAUAAGUCAUAAUUAUGAGAUUCUAUCUCAUUAUCUUUAGCUAGUUUCUCAUAAUUAUGAAGAAGUAUCUCAAAAUGAUGAGAUAGUAUCUCAUUAUUACCACUUCGUAUCCCAUAACUAUGACUUAGUAUCUCAUAAAUAUGACUUAGUAUCCUAUUAUUAUUAAAUACUGAAUCAUAAUUAUGAAGUUGUAUCUCCUAAGUAAUUUUGGGAAAAAUUACCUACAUCACAAAUGAAUCCUAAUAUUGACUCCAUGUGUAAUAUUUUGACAGAAACUAUUUACUGUAACAAAACUUCACUUGAAGAACUUACAUUGAUGAAAAAAAAGACUUAUUUGGAAAAAGUCUUCUAGAGUAAUGCACACGACCUGAGCUCUAGCUUAUCUGAGACUGUGGCUUCUAUUUUACUCUGAUACAGACUCGUCUCACUGACUCGUUAACUUGUUGACAUUCAUCAGCGCUUCUGCCUCUUUCAAGUUGUGCUCCCUCUGUCCCUCAACACACUCGUCUGCCAUCUCCAGCUCCUCUCUCUGCUCUCCACAACACACCCCAGUCCCCAAUUAACUAUUUUUUGGCAUCAGGAACUUCUUCACACUCCUAAACUUAGUUGCGUGUGUAUCUGAGCCGAGAUGAAAUCAAAGUGAGAGCUGUUUUGGGUGAGAGGCCGAGCGUACCCUCUCCUGUGUGGAUAGAAAGAGAGCUACUCGAUCAGACCAAGUGAACACAACACAAUCUGGAUUCUCGUAUUUGCAGGAUGUGGGGGAGCCAGAAUGGUAAUCAAAAAUUAAACUCCAUUUAUUGCCCUCAUAAAGCAGUAGGCAUCUGGCUGGGAAGGGAAUACAUGAGCCAUGAGCUGAAACAGUGGCCUGAUCUGCACGCUCUGUCUUGUGGUUGCAUGAUUCAGCAAAAAAACAGAAGCCCAUUUAAAGUCCAGCUUUUCAAAUGAUACCUACAUAAAAGUCCAAACUGUUUCCCUGCAUUUCACUGGCUUCUUUCAUUCCUUCAUUUGGAUAUCAUCAUUUGGCCUGUUGUGUCCUCUGAUAAACCUCAUUUGUAUAGAGUUGUUAAAAAGAGGAUGAAAAAACAGACAGACGAGGAGGACUCAUUUAAAUGAUUGUUGUGUGAUAAAAAUCCUCAGCGGUUUGUUUUUCUCAGAGGGGAUGUGCAGCUCUGUUUAGAUUCUCCUCAGCCAGAGACAAAGGAUUCAGAGUCCAAGGCCGUACAUCUGUUCAGCAGCAGAGCCGAGGAGCGUGGGUGGGACAGGGGUGCGCUGAAUCACCACGCAUGCUUCUUGUCUACUGUAUUGAUUUUGUGUGCGGGUGUGUGUGUAUGGGUGUUGUGUGUGUGUGUGCGGGUGUGUGUGUGUGUGUGUGUGUGUGUGUGUGUGUGUGUGUGCAGGUCAGAUUUAUGGUGUUGAUAUAGGUUGUAUAUUACAGUCAUGAUCAGCUAACUCAGUCCAUUCUGUUGGCCUGCGAUGCCCCGAGGCCUGUGGAAAUUACUGUGUGUGUGUGUGUGUGAUUGUGUGUGUGUGUGUGUCUGUGUGUGUGUGUUCAGGGCGGAAAUAUUACCAUCAUUACGGCUAUCCGAUCCUCAUGCAUAUAACAUCCUGACAUUACAGGUUUAUUGUUAUGAAUCUAACGGCCUUCAUUCAUUCCCUCUCUCCCUCUCUCCCUCUGGCCAGGAUGUCACAGUCCUCCACCGUUCGUCUUCUCUUGGUUCUCUUUGUUGUUGGUCAUUUCAGGUCAAUAGGCGUAUCUCUGUUUGGAUAACUGUUACUGCAUCCAAUCCAGUCCACUAUUUUUAUAAUAUAUAUUACAUUUUAAAAACAUUCAAGUUCACCAAAGAGCUGCACAAUAAAAGAACAAACACUGCAGAAGUCAAGAAGUAAAUAAAUAAAAACAGGUAAAAAUAAAAUAAAAUGAAAUAAAAACGUAAAAGAAAUGGAAGUGAUAAAGGACAGAGAUCACACAACUCGUGCUGAACUAAAAGCCGAGGAAUAAAAAUUAGUUUUAAGAUGUGAUUUAAAAGUAGGAAGAGUGAGGGGUGUUUUAUGGCUGACAUCUAUUUUGCUGCCUCAGCUCUGCGUUUAGCUCAUAGACUGUAUAUAGAAUGGACGCCGUCUCCCUCCUCGCUGGGUGAAGCCACCUCGAGAACAGCACCCUCUGGUGACGGGCUGCAGUAUAGGUCAUAAAUCCCGCCUUCUCCAGCAAUCCCUAUGGAGCUGUGGACAAAUUUUAGAAAUUUAUUACACAGAAUAUAAAGUUUUCUCCCCCCUGGUUGUGAUGUUGACAUGUAGUUACUGUCAGACUGGUUUGUGCUCAAGUCCACUUUUUCUGUGCAGCUCCAUUUUCAAAAGUUAUUAGGGGGUUCAUGUUUUCUAUGAUUGACACUUGAUACAGCCUAUGAGUGUACAAAGAUUGCGUAGCUCACCCGGGGGAUACGCUGUUUAAGCUGAGUGUCAUCAUAGUGACUCUCCCGCCAAAUGCGUACAACGCUACUGCGCAAGUGGUGAUUCCAGAAAGUGGUGAAAAAAAAAGGAAAUACAGAGAGCAAUUCAUCUUCAAAUUAGUAUAAUGACGGAAGGUGGAGCCAAGUUGUAUAUACAGUCUGUGGUUUAGCUCUAAGUUUGGUUAUUCCAUUUACUUCUCCGGCAACUUACAGAAGCCAGCAGGAAAAGCUCGACUCUCAUUGGCUGUUGUCAUGUUUGAUCAAGUAAAUAUGCUCACAGCUAAUCAACAUGAUCAAACUGAAAUUUAUUACAAUCUUAUAAUCGCCCAGUCCACUUCCAGAGCCACAGGCCCAACUUCUGUUUGUGUGUCUGAUUGAUUGAUUUAGAUGCAGAUAAAAAAGGUUGAUCUUCUCUUUAUGGGAUGUUUUAAAACACUGUGACUGUUUCCCACUCACAGUAAACAAAGUAAACAGAGCUGAAUUGGUGUGUGUGUCCCUCUGUUUGUGUGUGUUUGUGUAGGCUCAGAAGUUUGGCACCCCAUGUGUAAAGAAGCAGCUCGGCUGGAGAGAAAACUGAGGGUAAGUGAAUCUCAGAAAACCCGUAGUUUGUUGCUCUCUAUAUUUCUGUCUUCUCUUUGUAUUUCCUGUUUAAGUUUAUGAGCUGCACUGAUAUUUUUACUCAAAAACAAAGCAUCCAAAACAGGUUUCUAAACUUAACUUAUUUAGUUAUUCAUUAAAUAGAUCCUAAUGUACAUGUACACUGUUAUCUCCUCAUCUAUUGAAAGCAGUUAAGAAUAAAAGCAAGAAAACCAAAAUUUUUCUUUUUACUUAAAAAAUAAACUACUUUGAACCUCUUAAUAGCCAAAGCUUUCUUGAGUGUAGACAGUGACAAAGCAUCUGAAUUACUUCAUUGUGUGUUUGUGUGUGUACAUUUGAACCAGACUAACUUUUUUGGCCUCCACAGCUGAGGCGAACCUCUGAGACAGCGUCCAUCUCUCCUCCAAACUCCUCUCCUCUACUUGGCUCCCCUCACCGACUCAUCUGUGUGAGUAACAUCGCCGCUGCUGUAGUUACGCCAAGAGUUAUAUGAAUCUGUCCUCAGCUGUCAAUGUCCCAGCUUUCAAUCAUGAUCUAAUCCACAGCAACAAACUUGUGUGGCUCAUUUUCUUGUCUGCACCUUUCUCAGCAGACCAUGUCUUCCUGUUUGAAUAUGUCUCUGUUAAAGGGAUAUUCUGGCAAAAAUUUGAAAUAUGGUCAAACACACCGUAACACCGAGUUAGAUACCCCCUUGAGAGAUGAAUGUUGCCGACUGCUUGCUUCUCUAGUUAUACCAACUUGGCUUUACCAACAGUAAUGACCUCACAAUAGCAAUACACAGCGGUCUACGUCUCCAUGACAAACCUCAACCAAAAAGCCACUCUAUAGCCACAAAUAAUGCUCAGAACAGCACCUAACUUCAUCAACAGUACAUAUAGGGUCCCAGCCAUAGUACUAGCCACCAAACAUCUUUUUAUCUCUGCCUGGUUUCUUUAGCAAAGAGACUAAACACAACUUACCCACUUUCCUCCAGCAGCUGCUUGUUUGUGGGGGAGCCCUGACGAGUCGAUCACCGAGUGCAGCGGAGUUUCACAGCUGAAGGAAGAACAUUUAUGAUUAUUACUUCAUGGAAAUGCAAUCAGACCGAGACGCUAAGGCAGAGGAACUACCGUGUCUGCGGUGCAAAAUGAUUAAUAUGAUGAUUAUGACUUCAAGGAAAUGAUCAACUGCACUCGUGAUUGACUCGUCAGGGCUCCUUUGAGUUGAUCACUCAGUUGGCAGCAUUCAUCUCUCAAGGGUCUGACCAACACCAGGAUUCCACCGUAUGCAGAUCCAAUCUGCUCUGGAACAGCAGACAGAUCAAAAACGCAAGCAAACAGUGCCCACCAGAUCCGAUCUGCUCCUGCAAGCAAAGGAGAAGCGCUGACCGAGAUCUCACAAGAUUUCGCAUGUUUUACUGUGAGACAUUGAAUGAGAUCAGCGGUGUAAAUAAACACCCACAUCCCACAACCCUGGCCCCUCCCAUUACAGAGUGAAUAACAGUUAAAAGUAUUGACUUUAUUUUAAAAAUUAACCGAAUAUUUUACUCUGUAGCCACAUACAACUUCCGCUGCUGCUCGUGCUGCGCUGCACUGAAUUGAUGCGUUGUGCUGCAGCGUCUGGCAAAAAUAGAAGCCUUGCGUAUCUGAUCUGACCCCCGCAGCGGUUUGCAGCGGAGCCAGACAGCGAACACAUUGUGCAGCCGUUACGUAUCCUGUGAAAUGUAGCCACAACAAGCCGGUGUUACGGUGUGUUUGACCAUAACUUAAAUUUACGCUGGAAUAUCCCUUUAAUUCUGGUCUGUCUGCUGGCAUGUGAAGUAAAGUGAUAGGUCUACAGGGACUUUUCUUUUUCUUCUUUCAGCCUUCAGGUUUAUAUUUUGACCUGCUCAUAGUUCAGUUGACCUCAGCUUGUUUUUCUUUCUGUUUGUCUCAGUUGCUUUUUUCUGUUUGUCAGUUUCUCUUCAUGUCUGUGUUUGUUUGUUUGUUUUUGAAAGCCCCAGUUUUUUGCCCAUCGUCCUUUCGUAACAAUCAUCUCUCUCCUGUUUGUAUCUCAGUAUUAAUUUUCUCAAUGACUGCCUGUCUUUCUCCUGUCUCACCCAUCAGUCCAAAGCUGACGGGGAUGUGUUGAACUAUAAGCAGCUGGCCGCUCUGCCCAGGGUCAAAGCCAUAUAUGACAUCCAGCGGCCUGACAUCAUCCCGUAUCAGGCUGACCACGCGCACUCGCACUUCUCAGAUGACACUCUGGAGCGAUACAGCUGUGGACAGGUACAGACGCGUUCAAUCAAUCAAUAAUGAAAGCACUGGGUGAUUCGGAGCUGUAAUAUGACCCACCAAACGUCAGAUGAAAGGAAAACUGACCAUAUAUGGCUCUUAAUGAGGAUAUUAUUGCGUUUUUGUCCACAUCAAUCAUCGUAAUGACGUUUAUUUCUCUCCUUCUCUUACAGUCACUGGGCUCGUUGUCACCAUACUCUCAUGUAAGUGCCGCAUUCACAAAUGUCGCUCGAGACAUCUGAAAUUUUCAGAUUUUCAGGUCGUUGUUUUCACUCAAAUUUUCAGAGAAUAAUGUUGUGAUAAUAAUAAAUGAUAAAUGAUCAAAUGUUCGUUAAAAUGAGGAGCCUGUUAGAUGGCAACCAUAGACUGUAUAUACUAUACUAUACUCAGAGACAACUUGGCUCCGCCUUCCCUCGUACGAAUUUGAAGCCGAAACAUCCUGAAACCACCACUUGCGUUGUACGCAUUUGGCGGGAGAGUCUCUGUGAUGACGCUCGGCUUAAACAGCGUAUAGAAAACAUGAACCCCCUAAUAACUUUUAAAAAUUGGAGCUGUACAGAAAAAAGAGGACUUGAGCACAAACCACACAAGCAGGGGGGAGAAAAAGGAUAGGUAAGGAUUGCUGGAGGAAGCAGGGUUUAUGACCUAUACUGCAGCCCGUCACCAGAGGGUGCUGUUCUUGCGGUGGCUUCACCCAGUGAGGAGACAGACGGCGUCCAUUCUAGAUACAGUCUAUGAUCGCAACCUAAAUACUUCACUGAAAUAUAAGUCCCGCCUCUGACAAGACAAAUAACCAGUUUUGGUUUAGAAUAUCAAGGUUAGCCAUUUGAGCGGCCAAUCAGAUUCUAGGGGAGGGCUCUCCAGCUGCUCUGUGUAAUACUGAAGAUUAAACUGCUCCUAAUUAAAUUGAAAUUUGGUUUUGGAAGGAGCAUUUACUGCACUUAGUAAAUGAAACUCAUCACUCAGAGACAACCCCUCUCAACCGCUGUCUCUCUCUCUCUCUCUCUCUCCCUCCCUCUCUCUCUCUCUCUCUCUCUCUCUCUCUCUUUUGUCUCUCUCUCCCUCCCUCUCUCUCUCUAGGAUCUCUUGGAUGGCAUUGACUUGAGAACAAGGCGUUCCUCCAGCUCUGCUUUCACUGACUCUCCUGCUCAUAGUCGCCAUGGAGGCUCCCCUCUGCAUUGUUAUCUCCCCGGUAAUGUGCCCACUCAAGCACAGACUCACAUCCCACACACACACACACACACACACACACACACACACACACACACACACACACACACACACACACACACACACACACACACACACACACACACACACACCUAUAAACAGAGGAUAUACUGUCCUCUGCAGUCGUGUUGUGUCAUGAUUGGAGCCCAAGACUUCAUUGCUGCACUCCAAACACUCACACACAUGUUGUGUUAUCUUUGUCUUUCUGUUUGGUGUCGUGGGCUGCUCUGCUGAUCAUGCUUUGGUUUCCUUUACUGUGAUUGGUUGCGCUGACUGACUGCAGGCAGUGAGAGUGGCAGGAGUUCACCUUAUUACAAUCAGCCAGAGCCCAGGUGUGCCACACCCACCACCUCCACCCUCCAACCCCCAAAGCAUUUCCAUGUGCCAGGUAGGCCGUCAUCCGUGGCGCUGAUCCCAGACCUGCUUACUAACCCCGGAUCCCGAGACCAACCCAUUCUUCAAACGUUAACUGUUGCAUCUCUUGGUCAUUUAGGUUUUUUCAUGUUUAGCAAAGCCCAGACCCAGACCCUGACCACAGAUCCACACUGCCUGCUCUCACCCCAGACACACACCCAAAUGUUUUAUUUAUUUAUAAUCAUCAUUAUCGUAAAUUUCUCCAAAUAUAUUGUUCAAUUUCUCAUUUUAUUCUAUUUUCUCCAAACAAGCCUUUAAAUCCAUCACACUGUGCACUAGGGAUGGGAAUUGUUACGAAUUUAGCGAUUCUGAUUCCAUUCCAAUACGAUUCCUUAUCGAUACGAUGCCUUAUCGAUUCACAUUGAGUGAGAAAUAAGAAAAUACAAAUGGGUUUGUUUGCAUUAACCCUUUAAUAAUGUCACCUUGGAUAGGAGAUAUGGUAUUUCCAUGCACUCAUAUGUGACUGGCCCUUUGACCACAAAUCUGCUCACAGCUCUGUGAUAUUCGUUUAUCUUCGCCUCCGUCAUUUUACUCCUCCCUGCCUCGAUGAAAGGGGCUGCGAAAGGUGUUCAAGAGCUAACCGCUGCAGCCUCUGAGCUCUGGCAGUCAUCGUCAUCUUAAUGUAAUUUAAGGAGAUGGAGAGUAAGGGGGUUAACAUGACGCAAACAUCUACACAACAGACAGGACCUGGAGGAGUUAAACGUUACCUUGAUGACGCCAAGAUGUUAGCUCUGCUCCUGCUUUUGCCUGUACCAGUCCCGUCUUCACUAAGUAGCGUAUCAAACACGUUACACUUCUGCAAAUAAACUGCAUGCUGGAUGGACAAAUGUUUCUGCAUAUCGGAUGUAUUUCCCCCCUUAGACGAAAUUAAAUCUUUGCAAGUGUUGCAAGUAGCCCCAGUAUGAUCUUUCCGUGUGAAAUACAGCCAAACUCUAGAGUGCUUUUGACGCUGGAAGUUCUGAACCAAAACAUACUUCUCACGUACUACGUCAUCACGCAUAGAGAAGUAAGAGGAACCGAUAAGCAGAAUCGUCACGGAGACAGCGAACCUGUUAUCGAUUCUCAUUCCUACUGUACACAAGUAUUUUCCCUCCUUCCAAUGAGGCGUCUGUGAUUUAUCUCACUGAUCUGCAGCUUUUGUGCACUUCAAUCCGACAACUGAUCCUGGUUCAGUUUAUUUUAACACCCCAUUAACACCUGGUUUUAUCGAGUUCAUGCCUUGCUCUCCCUUCACCUUUAAAAGCCUCCUCUUCUGUGCGUUUGGUUUUCCCUCCAUUAUCUCCUUCCGUCCGUCUCUCAGCGCCUGUUCUCCUUGUCCCCGGCUUUCCUCAGGCUCAGCUCUCUCCCUUCACGCUCCUCAACACGGAGUCAAAUGUAUUUGGUGGAUGCUUUUAUCCAAAGUGCCUCACAGUAUCAUGAGUGCAUACGAAUUUAGCGUCAAAGGCCUAUUGGGAGUGAAAGCUUUAACUUUUUUAAGGCAGGGUUAUUGGUACUUUCUCUAAAGUACCCGGAGGUUUUCAAAAAUGGGUUUUUCCUUUUCGUAUUCGUCCCUUUUGCUUGUUUGUUGCUUAUACUUCACAUUAUUUUCAAUUUAUGACGUAUUUUUGAGACACUAAAUUAUCAGAAUUGUCCACAGAGCGUCAUUUGCUCUGAUCACUCCCUGGAUUCCUCCUUUUUCUUCCUCCUCUCCAUCCGGCCCUCUCUCCACCCUUACACCGCUCUCCUCCCUCUUCUUUAUUCCUCUGCCAUCUGCUGCUCUUUCCAGUAAUAAGCCUGUGACUCCGUAUUAAUCAGCCUCCCUGCACGUCAGUCAGGCUGUCUGGAUGCACGGCACCGUCUCCACCACAGCAGUUUAUUACCCGCGCUGGCAGCUUUACGGUUAAGGAGACUGUAAAUGUACACAACUAAUCCUGUAGGAGGGGAUGAAUAGGAAAAUCAAGAUUAGUCUCCUUUCCUCUCCUCCUCUCCUCUCCUCUCCUCUUGCUUCCUUUCACACUGAUUUGUUGUUGUUGUUGUUGUUUCUGUUCCCAGCCUCAGAGGAAACCAACAUCUACAGGAAAGCCCCUAUCUAUAAGAGACAAGGUGAGUCGAUCCCUCACAGCGUUGUGCUUUUUUUUUAUAGCUUUUGUUCGCCUGUCUCCCUGUCAAGCUGCCGGUCGUUGUGUACCGCUAAAUCUCAAUAAUAAUUCCAGUCUGUCACACAUCUGGUGCUUCUGAUGACUUUCACUCCUCCUCUUCAGCUUCUGCUCAAAGGAAAGUAUUUACAGAGUGAAAGCGUUUCCUCUGCAGGCCUGCACACGCUCCAUGCAGCUGUACUUUAUCAAUGACCGGAACAUAAAGUGCCACUGAACGGUCUGAAGAGAGGACCAGAUGGUUGGAGAUAUCUUUCAGUUUGCUGCUCAGCUGCAUGUUAAUCGGCCAGCAGGUUUACAACAGGACUGGUCUAAAAGGUCUGAAACUUUUGAGAGAAAACAAACAUGUGUUUUAAAGACUAAUCAAUAAACUGUAGAGCCAGUUAACAACUAUUUCAAGAACAUGAUAAGAGGAUUUUUUUAUCCUUCUCACACUAAUGUAAAUCAUAACUCUUAAGCUGCCCUCCUGACAAAUACCUCACGCUGAGGUUGUUUACAGGCUUAAAGUCCCUCUCUGAUCAUUCUUUUUUUUACUACUUAAAGUGUUCUCGGUGGUCUUUAAAUUGUGAUUACGUAGUUUUUAGCCAAAAUCAUGUUAUCUGUGUCAUUUUUAAGAACUUUUCUCCUGCAGAGCUCCAGUAGCUCAUUAGCGAUUCGCCUCUGAGUCAUGAGCGGAAACAGCGCUGCUCUGCACACUUCUCCUCACGCUAGUUUGUAGCCUAACAUUGCCGGUGUAGUCGAAGUGGCAGGUAACAUAGGAGCCAUUUAGCUCUCAGACAGCUAAUAUCAUAAUUAGCUUUCUUAAGAGCAUUACAAUCCUCUAAGGCACAGGCUAGUUCCACGAUCGUCCUCUCUACUUCUCUGAGUCUGGCCUGCAUAAAUUGCGGGUCUCGGGAGGCGGAGCUUGGAUUUGUGAUGUAGGAAAUCUCACUGUGUCUGAGCCUGCCGUUUGGGUCUGUGAGAGGUUCACAGAGAUUUAAAUGCAGAAAUACUCAAAAAUGCAAUUUCACACUUCUCCCAUUAUAUGUUCUGUAGUAUCAGAAAAAUACUAUAUGAACAUGUAGACAACAAGAAAAACAUGAUUUUCAUCAGACUGAUGACAUGUUUGCUUUUACGGUUCAUAUUAAGGAUCUAGUUUUAAUUUCAGUCAGUUUCAUAACCAGUUCAAUAAUUCUGACAGUAGCUUUAAGAAAGGUAAAAAGAAACUCCUUAGUAAAGCUGUGAAAGCUGGACUCUCAGAAACCCAUCCUAAAGAUGAGUUUACUGAAGACAAGGCAGUGAGAAACGUCAAACAAAGGGUCGCUUGAUCAGCGUGACAAAGAGCUUGCCUCUCUGCAGCUUUUGUUUUUUUAUGUGGGCAGUGCCACCCACAGAUACAGCUGAUCAGGAACACCUGAGAUGGAGCGAGACGAGGGAGAGAAAGGGAACGAGGAGAAAAUAACAAAAACAGAGAGAAAAAAACAUCGAAAUUGGACUUGAAGUAUGGUUCACUUAUAUCGGAGCGGUUGGAUAGUAAUGAGAAUGGGUUCAGGUGCAUCUCAAUAAUGUGUAUUUGUGAUAUAUUUUACACCGAUAAACUUUUAUAUUUUCUAAAUUCAUUGAAUAUAACAUGGUAUAUCAUAAGCUGGGAUGAAAACAGCUUCUAGUUUAGGAAAAUUAAAGAAUCUGUUAUAUUAAAUAAGAAUAUUAAAAAAAAUUAAAUACAGAUAUGUUCUACAUCUGAAAAGAAUAUUAAUUUAUGCAGCAUUUGGUUAACUUUGAAACCCCUUCCAGAAUAACUGAUGUACAAUAUGAAACUUUAAUAAGAUAUUUGUAGGAGUGGAUUUGUGGAGAGAUGUGUUGAAAUGUUAGCAGCCUGUAAGUUUUAUAGGCGAAUCAUUUUGAUGUGUUUUGUAAAAAAAAGAACUCCAGACUACACACAGACAUAGUUUUAUCUAGAGAGAUAAUACACUUAAAAAUAAACAGAUAAGUAACCACAUGUGGACCAGUGUAUCUUCUUCAGGUCUUUGACAUCCCUGAUAAUCUCUUGAAUCCCCUCAUAAAUAAAAAACUACUUCUAUAAACCAGACUGAACGGAGGCAAGGACUUCAGCGGCGAUCUUUAACGGCUGCAGCCAACAUAGGCAAGAUUGUAGAUUCCAUUGAUGAUUCAAGAGGCAAGGUAAAAGUGCGAGGAGCGCUGCCAAAUACUCUGCGUGUGAAGGUGAUCCAUCAGAGCUGAGGACGGCGGGUUGGAGAGUUACCGUUCCUCAGAAGCACCUCUGGAUGAUUUACACGCAGCUACAAAGUGCUGACAAACCUCUCUCUCCUCAGAUUGAGACGGCAGCCUGAAGAAUUUGAAUUUACAGUAUGAAUCAUUUAUACAGCAGUUUAUAUAUGGAACCACCAUUAUCACGUUCGUAAACUGUUUAUAUAUACUAUCAUAACCUUUGUCAUAGCAAACCUGACUGCAGCAGCAGCUUAGAGGAGCUGGAGGAGAAGCAGAGGGAACUAUUAGAUUUAAAUAUCUCACCUCACUGUCGACCUUUCCUUGUUUUCACUGACGGUUAUGGAUCAAAUCCCGUCACAUUUUCUCUGACCUCCUUUCCCUUUCUUUUUCUCCUUUGUGCGUCUCUUCUUGUCCUCCUCUUCCUCCCCUCCUGCUGUGCUCUCCCCUCUCUGUAAGUAAACGCGCCACUUUCUCAGUCUUUUUCUUCAUAUUCACACAGAAAUUGAAAUUCAACAACAGUCAGACAAACAGAGUCAUUUCUGUAAGAACGAAACGUGUCGUUUAAUUGACCCCGUCUUUCUGAGUAAGGCCCGAACUACACGUAUAUAGAUAUUUAUUUAUCAGGAUAUUUUUGUACUCCCGUCUAAAUGAAUGUAUCUGUCCAUACGUGUUAGUUCUCAAAAAUAUCUGCAGCCACACGUAACCUUCAAACUCAAUCCUAGCUGGUGCCGCUUAAUAGAAAUUCAGGAACAAAGCUACCUGAUUUGCCGAUGAAUCGUAACAGCGUGAUGCGUCAUGCAUUGUUUGCGGAAGCUACGCUAUUGCGUCGGGUACAUGUGACGGUGUGGCGGCUAUAACGCCUCUGUGAGCUGACUGACUGGUGACUGUAAUUGUAUAAAACAAGGUUCACUUGCAAGGCUGAAAUUAGCCCCACAAGGGCAAAACAAAUGUAAAGAAUACCCUGUAUGUCCGCCAUCUUUGUUGUUGUUGUUUUUCUUUUUAAUUUGCAUGUGCGAGCUGCGGUUUGACGUCAUUGAUCCGUAAAAGUUCAACCACACGAAUCCACUUAUACGGAUAUUUUUUUUAUUUCUCCACUUGUUUUUUCGGAUUCAGAUUUAUCCGGUUUGAGUGUUCCAUUCUCCCGUUUUGGUGUGGUAGGGAGGCCUGAUCGGACAAAAAUAUGUGCGGUUUGAAAUAUAUCCGCAUUCGUGUAGUUCGGGCCUUAGUUUAGGGGUGUAAACCAGCCUGAAAAUGCUUGUGAAAAAAGGCUUGUUGGUUUGUUACAUUUCUGGUUUUCUUUUUCUCCAUCUAGACCUAAACUCAUCUCUGACAGUUAAUAAGAGUAAAACCAACGAGAACCUGCUCAACUCCAGCCGCUUCUCCACCUCCAACUGCAACAACAUUUAUCAUCCAGACUCCAACUACUACCCCUACACCGGCUCUCCAAAAGGUAUGUUUUUUUUGUAAUCUGCACUUCUGUGAUUUUAUGAAAUGCAUCUUUUUUUUUUUCCCCUCUCUCUUGAUAGUCUCCCUCUCUGUCCCUCUUCCUUUAGUCUCCAGGGUGAGGAGGUUUUCGUCUGGAGGAGAGGAGGACGGAUGGAAUCACAAUAUGAACAAGGUAGGACAGUCUCCUCCCUCUCCCUCGUGUGUAUUUUUAUUGUGUAUGUUAAUUAGGGCCGGGACUUAAAUGCAUUAAUUGCGAUUAAUAAAUUACAGUAAUAUUAUCUUAUUAAAAUUUUUAGAGCAUAUUUAUCACUCGGGGUGUCCCAGUACAACUUUUUGACUUCCGAUACGUUACCCGUAUUGUAGCCUCAAUAUUGACCGAUACCAAAAUUGAUCUGAUAUUGGCACAACAUUGUACAUGACAAGUUUUGCUCUCAGCUGCAACAUCUUUUUCAGACUUUAAUGAAAAAUACUGCCACAAGGCCGACAUCACUCCUAAUCUUUGCUACUUUGUUAGAACCUUAGUUGGUGUGACCAAACGUCCUCUUUUUGGGGGCUGUCCAACCUUGUCCGGGGAAGUUUAUAAAAUCCUUCAAAUGUCCGCGGUUUUGUACGUAUGUUUCGAUUUUGUGUCAUGUGGACUUACUGAGUUAGAAGCGCAUAAAAGACACUCGAUCCAUCCCGAAAAACUCUCUAAAUUAACGUUGUGCAACUCUGUGACUCCGCCCCUGCGUAGUUGUGUCUUUUUCUUGGAAGUCAGAAUAUGGUCACCCUGCCUUAGUGCACACUGUUGUUGGACUGCUUGUAUCAGAGUGCCUAUAAAUAAUCCAAUAUUCGUUUACUUUUCUUAGAUUGGACCGAUAUCAAUAGUUUAUCGGGACACCCCUAUCAAUCUCACCUACUGUAUUUUUGCACCACAGAACAUUUCUUACUGGACGAGUUUUAGGUAUACAGCUUUUAUCGUGACACCCUAAUGUGAGUGAGUGCAGCAGUGAUUCCAGUCCCACCCAGCGCAUGGAAAAAUGAACAAAGUCAUGGAUAAAUGUGCUUUGAUUGGCUUCGGUGUGGAUGGGCAUUUUUGUUUUAAAAAUAAAGAUGGAUGGAAGCCUUGAUUUAAAAAAAAUCGUCUUGUGCAAACUAUGCAAAAAAGAAUCUGCAUAUCACUGCAGCACGUCAAGCCUCCGGUAUCACCUGAAUGCUAAACAUGUUGCAGCGAGUGUGGAAGCUAACGUUAGUCCGACUUCGAGUACAGCGACCCACACUUGACCAGAUGAGUGGAUUCAGAGCUAAGAUGAGUAGGUCCACGUUCACUGGCUUACUGGCUUUUUGCGAUUGAUUGCGAUUAAUCAAUUACAAAGCCUCUGAUUAAUUAGAUUAAUUUUUCUAAUCGAGUCCCAGCCCUAAUGUUAAAAUUAAAAGAAACAAAGAAAUUAAGAAAAUAAUCCUCUCCAAUCAGCCGACUCAUAAAUCUGUUCCUUUCUACUGUGUCAUGUGUGAGUUUUUGAUCCAUAUUUUACUCCCCCUUUCAUCUCUCUCCUCUUUUUUUGCAGGGAAUCGGGAGGUUGAUCCUGAAGGAGGAGAUGAAGGCGCGGUCAGGAUGUUAUGACAAUGACCCGUGGGGGAGCAGACGCAGUUCCCGCUGCAGCAGCAGGGAGGCGCUAAGCAGUCUGGGCUUCACCUCCCUUAAUGGCUGUAAGUCUGUGCCUGUGAAUAUGAGCGGUGUUUGUUAUUGUCCUCGAUUAAAAAAACAGACAGUUUUUAAAUUUAGAAAUUAUAAACUGAAAACAUUGGCGUCACUUUAAACAGCUUUGGUUAAGGAUUUUUAAUUACUAAUCAGUUUUUAAAGACUGUGGGGUCCUUUAAGGUGGCGGAGGCUGCCAUGGCUUAGAGGCUGAAACUAGGAUCACAUUUCCGUUAUGAUGAUGGUGAUGACUUGGCUGCAGAGCUGAAAGUAAGGAGAUAGAGGACAUGAGCAGGACAUUCACCUUUAGAGGAGAGGGAAUGUUUGCGUCUCUCGUUGUGAUGCCAAAAAGACUCGGUGGGAGUUUCCUACUCGUGUAUCAGCUCUCCCAUCGAUCCCGUACCUCAUUUCAUUCAGCACAUGUAAGGGUGAGACAAAGAUAGAGAGAUGGAGCGAUGGAGCGAGAGAUCGUUGUGGAGGAGGUCAAAUGAGAAUAAAAGAGAAGGUGUUAAAACAAGAGAGACGGAGAGGAAGAGUGGAUGAGAUAAGAGUGAAUUAAAUUUUUAAAAAGAGCGACUGAAGAGAGGGAGUGAGGCGCUGAGGCAAUUUGGAGCUGUUCACAGAAGAUGUACGACACGAUGCUGAGAGGUAAAUCAGGGUCAGGGAGCUUCAGGGAGAUGAGCGACGAACACGGCGAGGUCAGACGGAGAGAGGUGUACUCGGUGCUGCGUAAUCACUUUGACUUUAUGGCGUCUGCUGUUAUUAUACUGAUUAGAAAAAUGCUGGGAGAUAUGUACUCAUCCUCUCCUCAGAUGAGGCUAAUUCCAAAAAACUCUGAGUAACUGGCUUAAUAUACCCAACUUAUUUACGUCCUUUUUUUAGCCACACUAACGGUCUGGGCUGAAGGACGGCAGGGACCAGUCAGUCAAUCCGACAUGUUGGAAACAAUCAAAAACCGAGGGUUAAGGGGUAGAAUUGGGAUUGGCCGUUGAAGCAGAGCUGAUUGCGAUCUCUGCUGUCAUGGUUGACCCUAACUUUGGUUACCACUGGUGAAUUAAAAUCCCUUUAUUAUGUUCCAUAUUCCAGUUUCUUUGAUAGUGACGGACGGACCCACAGAUCAUCAAUAUUACAUAGUUUAGUGGGUGGACGCCCCACAUGUAUACAUUUUUAAAAUGAGUGGCCUGAUGCAGCAUGGCUACCCGUGCCCAUACUCUUCCAUAUUUUAUCCGCUGUGUCGAUCUUCAUGGUGAUUUGCCUGUAUGAUGACGCCGUCAAAGCUUAUCUUCAAACAGCUGAUGUUUUAUAGAUGUCCCACAACAGCUGGCCUUCUUUAUUUCCCUUCUGCUAUAAACUCUUUCAGUCUGCUAACAGUCCUCAAUACUUUUAGAUGUUUGUUAACCCCACUAAACCAGGUCUUAGAUACUUGACAUGCUCAUGGUGGAAAAUUCAUUCAAAGAUGUCCUCUUUCACGUUUCUAUAAAGGCUGUUAAAGGAGCAUUCAACCGAGUUUAAUACUAACUAAUGACUGAUGAAGAGCUGGAGAUUAUAUGUCAGGCUGUUAGGAUGAUAGAAACUAAAUUAUGUUGUCCUCUGUGUUUCUAUUCUGGUCUUCCUUCUUUCAUCCCCCUCCCUCCCAUCCUUUUUCUCCGUCCCUCAGCUCCCAGGUCGCUCCACAGUGCAGACAACGGUGAGUGGAUCCAUCAGUGUGUUUUGAUCUCUGAAGUCACAUCACAGACACAGCGGGCUGCCGUCCCUCUGAUCCCCUCUGUCUUAUCACUUCUGCUGUGACGGGGGCAGAGCUUAGAGUGAGAGAUUUAUAUCUGCUCACACACACACACACCUACACACACACACCUCUUUUCUUUGGGUUAGAGGUGGGAAGAUGAAUGGGCUGUAGCUUAGGCCUGUAUUUAUCAGCUUUUCUUUAGCAGUAGCACUUAUCCGGGAUCACUGACCUGGACACCUCAACCAUCUGUUUCACAGACGACACUUGAACACUUCAUUCUGAAGAAAACAGCGAUUUGAAUAACCCACUCUUUGUACUCUUUAGAGCGGCAUCUUAUAUCUUUGAUCGGCUUUAAUUGGACUCCCCGUUGGUUUGCAUGGUGUGAAAUACAAUCCGCCUGAGUGUUUUAUUUUGAAAAGAAGCCGAAGGUUUUAUUUUGUGUCUGUGCCUGACUUCCUUUCCAGCACGGGUUAAUCUGUGCUGAAUUUAUCCGGCAUGCUCCAGCGUCUGGAAAAAUAGAACUUUUGCGAUCAGCUGCGGAGUCCUGCGAUCUGCAGUGGAACGGAAAGAAGCCGGUGGAAAUUGACACAUUGACUUAAAUGGUUACGAUCAGCUACGUUCGGCGGAUACAGCCUUUUCGUGGCCGUUCCGGUUCCGGUGGAAAUUGGGGGUUAGAAAGAAAGGAAAAGAACUAGAACAGAACAGAAAAGAAAAGGCACAGAUAGAAAAAUAUACCUACACAUAUAUAUUAUUACACAGGGAGAGAGGAAUCAUAGUAACAAUGAGUAAAUUUCAAGAGGAGAGUCCAGGGUUUAGAGAUGUUUCUAUCAUUUUUGUUCCAGUUGUCCAUAAUCUGUCCUUCAUAUCAAAACAGGACAGAAACAUUCUCGCAUCAGUGCCCAACAACACUGAGAGAGCACAUCAAAUAGGACAGUAGGGGGCGCUGUACUCAAGCAUAAAAUAAAAAUGAAGACAAAUGAAACAGGGCACAUUAUUAGUUGUCAAUAACUGCCUCCUGUUGUGAUAAAAAGUCACUUUUUCAGGAUGAGCUGUCCAGUUCCUCCAGAACAUGGUAAAUUUGUCCGUGCACAAGUUCAAGGAAAAAGUCAGUUUUUUCAUGUCGUAUAUUUCUUUCACAAUUGCAGCCCACUCCUCUUUAGCUCAGGGGGCUCUUUCGAUAGCCAUCUUCUUGUGAUUUUUUUUCUUUUUCUUUAAUGGCCAUGAAAAGAUGGUCGCUUCACUUUUGGAAACAUUAAUUCUAUGGCCCUCCAGACUUAAUGUCCCGUUUUGAUGAAACAACCUGCCUGACACAACUAUGCCUGACACACACACAAAUACACUCCAUGAAUUAUCUACGAGAUUGUUUCUUCUUUCUUGCAGCGAGAGCAGGAGAGUUGUAACUGCCAAACUCAUUGAAGUUGAACGUCUCACAGCAGCCAGAAUUCUGCUGCAUUAGGUUGUUUGCUCUUUUGACAUCUCCGUUUAAUUAAACUACAUCGAACGCUAAAGUGGACAAGAGAAAGAGAUAGAGAGACCUGACAGAGGAAAUCAGCAGGACAGGGAGAGGGCAGGAGGAAAGACUGGAGAAGAAAGAGAAAUGAAGCGGAGAAGAAAGAGUAGAGAUGGUGAGAGUCUGCUCAGUGUGACUCUACCGCCCUCUGCUGUUUGAGCUGCAGAGGUGCACACCACAGUAAAGUUAUCUGAAGAAGGGAUACUGGUGGUUACCAACAGUUACAGAGAGCUUUGACAACAAAAGAGUCAUGUUGUCAGCAUUUAGAUGUGUUGUUCAAAUCAAAGUAUAUUAGAGAAAGCUGUAAUAAUGUCCUCUUCCUUCAACAUGACAGCGUAGUUAAUGUGGUCGGUUUCUGCAGGUAAAAUUCAACAUGUAUUCAUGAGGCAUUUAAAUCUAAAGUACUGACUACAGUUUGGUGGAUAAUCUGAUCAUACUUUCACACUCAGUUAGAUUUUACAAAUCUGUGUGCGUUUAUCAGAGCCACAGUUCUCCAUCAGCAGUGUGUCAGGUGGCUGUGUGUGUGGUAGGCAGCGAUGGCCUUGAGGUUUAAAAGGCAGCGUCAGUGUUUGAUGAAAUUCUGCUGCUGUAAACUCCAAAAAGAUUUACUGAUUUCCUGAAGAACUGAUGACUGAGGUCUGAAAUCUGUGAGGUUAAUACUUGAACAACUGUCUGUGAGACUUUGGUAAACAAGGCUGCUCAGAUCCUGGUCACUUUUAAUGUGUGUUUCCUUUCCUUCCUUCCUUUCUGUCUUCAUUUCUUUCUGCAUUUCCUUGUUUGUUCCUUUUUUUUAUUCCUUCGUUCCACCAUUUGUUCCUUCCUUAAAUUGUUCCUUUGUUUAUUCCUUUCACCCUUUCUUUGUUUGUUCCCCUCUUCUUCUUGUUCCCUACUCCCUUCAUUCCUUACUUCCUUCAUUGCUUCCCUUCCUUUGUUUUUUACUCCCUUCAUUGCUUUCUUCAUUUUGUUACGUACUCCCUUUAUUGCUUCCUUCCCUUGUUCCUUACUCCCUGCAUUGCUUCCCUUCCUUUGUUCCUUACUCCCUUCAUUGCUUCCCUUCCUUUGUUCCUUACUCCCUUCAUUGCUUUCUUCCCUUGUUCCUUACCCCCUUCAGUUCUUCCUUCUUUUGUACCUUACACCUUUUAGUUCUUUCUUCCUUCAUGCCUUACUCCCUUCAGUCCUUACUCCCUUCAUUUCUUCCUUACUCUUUUCCUUCCGCUAUUGUCAUUUAGUUCCUUUCCUCAUUCCUUUGUUCCUAAACCCUCUCAUAUCUUUUAAUAAUUCAAAUUUAGUGACUUCAGAUUUCUAGGCGACAGUCCCAGUCUUGACUCCUCCAGAUGUUUUUGUUGGAAGUAUUUUUUAAUAAGAGUUAAAAUUUCUCAGUUUUUGUACAGAAACGUAAGUUUGACCUGCUCCCAACCCUUGAGAUUAAAACAAAACCUCAGGAGGCCUCUGAGAACAAAUGCACUAUGGUACUUUUACACGACUCGCUGAUAACUGAGGGACGUUUGAGUAUUUUUAUAAGUUUUUUUUAUUAUUAUUCUUAUACUUUUUAUUCAAAGAUCUGUGACAUUUUUUCACCUCUGGGAGUUGAAUUCAAAAGGACAUUGGCCAGUUGCACUGUUUAGCUAUUUAGCAUAAUCUCUGUGUGUUUGUGUAGGCUAAUGUGUUUAUAUUUGUUCCUCCAGACUCGUACUUUGCCAAAUCGUCCUCUUUGCCAGGCUACGGCAAAAAUGGAACAAACAGGGUAAGCAAACAGAGUGUGUGUUUGUGUGAGUGUGUGUGUGAGUGAGUGUUUGUGUUUGAUAGAGAGAGAGGGAAUAAGACAAGCAUGACCAAAGUAAGCUAUUGCAAAGUCCUUCAUUCUCCACUGAACCUGCCAAACUCAUUUGUAUCAGUUUACUUCCUGAGGCAAACUGGCAAAGUGUUGUUAUUGCCUUGGUCAGUGUGAUAAAUUACACCGAGUAUCUCACUGAUAAGACUUUGGAUAGGUGCUUUAUUUCCAGAGCUCUGUCCGCUUGUUUUCCAUUAUUAAAGUAGCAAACACUUCUUUAUAGUCCAUGUUUGCUAAAGUGCUCUCAUUGUGCUUGAGCAGCCUGGGAGUGCCGGUGGAGACUAUUACCAGUAUGACAGCAACAACGCAGUUAAUUGGCAGAUCAGAGGUAAGCCUAUUGUGGCGCUGAAAUCUGAUUAUACUCUGUGUUCCUCCUCCUGAUCAACCUCUCCUCUUUGUGCAUCUUAUUCAGUGUUAUUGCGUGAAAAUGCAGCAUUUAUCACGGCUGAUCAAGUGUUUUCUUCUCUUUUGUUUCAGAAUAUAAGGUAAGAUGCUGUCUGUCUGUCUGUCUGUCUGGAUCAGUGGAUUAAAGAUAAGGAUGAUGUGUUGCAUGUUUUAAGUUUCCACUGAAUGGUGAUUCUCACUCACUAACACCCACUCCACUCAGUGAUAGCUGUGAAGCUGCCUGACUCACUGUAUUGACAGCAAAAGGAACAAACAAACAAACAAACAGACAGAAAGGGUAAUGGCACACAGGGUCUGUGAGAUGAGACAUAUCCUACCUGUGAAUGAAUCCCUCCAAUUUCAAAAUAUCCCAAAAGCUCAAUAUCUCUCUCAGAAACUUCAGGAAAAAGAAAACAUCUCAUACGGACAUUAAAUUACCUCUGUCAACAUGCAACCUCUUGUUUGCCUUAGAACUGAUUUGAUACUGUUAUGUGUGUCUCUCAUAGACCUUAUUUUUGUGAAACUUGUUCCCAACUGUUUUGUUUGAACAUAUCCAACAAAGUCCAUAAACCACAAUUAACUGUCUUAAAGGGAUAUUCCGGUGUAAAAUUAAGUCAGAGUCAAACAGAAUGUAACACCGAGUUAGACACUCCCUCAAGAGAUGAAUGUCGUUAAAUGCUUGCUUCUCUAGUUAGACCAACUUUAGUAACGACCGCAGGAUAGCAAUACACAGCAGUCUGAGGAGCCAUAAACAAACCUCAACCAAAACGCCACUCUAUAACCACAAAUAAUGCUCAGAACAGCACCUAACUUCAUCAACAGUACAUAUAGGGUCCCAGCUAUAGAACUAGCCACCAAAAAUCUUUUUAGCUUUGACUCAUUUCUUUAGCAAAGAGACUAAACACAACUCACCUACUCUCUUCCAGCAGCCACUUGUUUGUAGCAAGACCUCAGCCGAGUCCAUUACCGCAGCGGAGUUUCACAGCUCAAGGAAGAAAGUUUCUGAUUAUUUUUUCAUGGAAAUGCAAUCAGGCCGAGACGCUAAGGCACAAGAACUACCGCGUCUGCAGUUCAAAAUGAUUAAUAUGGUGAUUAUUACUUCAUGGAAACGAUAAAGUAAUAAUCACAAAUGUUCUUCCUUGAGCUGUGAAAACCCACAGCAGUCUGUAAUGGACUGGCCUGAGGUCUCUGUACAAACAAGCGGCUGCUGGAUGAGAGUGGGUGAGUUGUGUUUCGUCUCUUAACUAGAGAAAAUAGUCAAAGUUAAAAAGAUGUUUGGUGGCUAGUACUAUGGCUGGGACCCUAUAUGUACUGUUGAUGAAGUUAGGUGCUGUUCUGAACAUUAUUUGUGGCUAUAGAGUGGCGUUUUGGUUGAGGCUUGUUUAUUGCUCCUCAGACCGCUGUGUAUUGCUAUUGUGCAGUUGUUACUAAAGUUGGUAUAACUACAGAAGCAAGUGGUCGGCAACAUUCAUCUCUCGAGGGGGUGUCUAACUCGAUGUUACUGUGUGUUUGACCCUGAAUUAAUUUUACGCCGGAAUAUCCCUUUAAGGACCAAUCAGGGAAAGUCUAAUAGUCUAAAAAAGUUUGUUUCUCAGUUUCUUAAUGCUUUUGUUAUUCUUUUUUGCAUACUUAAAAGUGAGUUUAAAUAUCCAAUGGGUUCAUUUUAGCCCUAGCAACGUAACUUUUGGCCACUAGAGGGUGACAGAGGGAUUUCAGCAUUCACUCUUUCCACAAUGUGGACAAUGAAGAAAGAGCUCAAACACAUUCAAAGGAAGACCACACAGUCUUUUCUGAUGGACUAUUUCAAUGUUACUUUGUGUCUUUGCGUCAGAUAUACCCAUAUGAAGCUUUAAUGGUGUCGGUCAGAAGACAGCAGCAUCUUCCAAGUGAUGUGGACCGAGCCAGAUUGGAGGUAAAUUCCCACAGGAGCUGACAUUUCAACAAAAUCUACUGAAACAAUGCAGCUGAGAGCACACCAUGACAGUGGUUGAAAAGUCUUUUUAAUGUCAUGUCUGCGACAGGCAGGGUUUUUUAGAUGUUUCCCAUUAUCCUUCAAUUAAUGUUAUCGGCCAGCAGCAAAUCUUGUCUGAACUUCUCUUAAAUCUCUCCGUGUCGUCCAUCUUCUCAGCGUCAUCUCUCACCAGAGGAGUUCUUCAGAGUCUUCGGCAUGUCCAUGUCUGCCUUCGAUCAUCUCGCUCAGUGGAAAAAGAACGAACUGAAGAAACAGGUCCGACUUUUCUGAGAAAGUUAAGUCUAAUCCGAUGCAGGUCCACCACCAGCAGUGUGCUCUGAAGAGAAAUCACCAGACCCAAGCCAGCUGGAGCCAGCAGUGUGCUCUGCUGACCCCAGAUUGCCUCUCUGUCACAGCUGGAGCAGAACUGGCUCAAGUCGAUGUUGUCUCUCAUCUGGAUGGAAAAGAGCAGAAACUGUUGGCAGCCUAAUCUCAGAGCGUUUUAACUUAUGUGCACUUGGACUUCUUAAGCAAUACAUAACGGAGUGAGCCAACAGACCAAAAGUAAAAAUAGACCAGUGGAAGGAAAACUGAGGGGAGAUCAGACCUCUUCAGAUAGCGCAUGGAGCUGGAACAGACCAAAAGUUGAUGUGCAGGAGGAACGGUUGGCAGCUUCUCCUUCACAGUCCAGCAGAUGGCAGUGUGUUUUCAGGAGCAUCAGCAGGUCAGGUGGCGUGUAAGCUGAAGCACUCGCUGCCAGACUGAGAAUCUGCUAUGCUGAUUUAAACACGAAUCCAAGUGGGAAUCGACAGGGACGGAUUUGGAGAGAGAUUUUGCUUUUCCGAAAGAUAGACUAACAUAUGGCUGAUGGCAAAAAGUAUCCAGUUUAUGUCCCACAGACACGCUCUGUGCAGUCAAAAAUGUCUGAUCAACAUUCGGGUUUCUAAACACGACAAACACAUCCUGUUUUAUAAUGUGUUGAUACUGAACUCAAAGGUUUCUGUUAUUUAUUUUGUCGUAUGGGCAUGUGUCUGUUCUUGAUGUCAGUUUAUCUGAAGCCAUAUCAGUUUUAAUGCUUCCUCUCUCAAACCUCCAAGGUCAGAGAUGUCGGUUUAGUUUUGAAAUCAGGUUGAAGUGCUUCAAACACCAUAAGAUAUUUUUUUUCUUCUUUAUUUUAAGAUAUCUAAGCGUGUUUGUGUGGUGUGUGUGUGUGUGUGUGUGUGUGUGUGUGUGUGUGUGUUUGCGGGCGUGUGUAAUACAAUGAAUUAAUAACAGGAGUUUUAUGGAUAGGUUCUUGGAAACAUGAAUAAAGAGGGAAAUGAGGAUUAAGUUUGGAUGGUAAUAGGAAAUCUAUGAGGGAAUACAGCAAAGACUGUUUGAUGAAGAGCUCCAUUGUUGAAGUAUAUACUUGUAUAUGUAAAAAAAAAAGACUUGAAUGGAUUGAAAAGUUAAGUGAAUGUUGUGUCACUGAAUUCAGGGAUGGAGUAAUGUAUCCUGCUGGUUCAAGAGCUGAAACCACCAGGUGUGUCUGUGUUUACACGUCUUAAUUUAGAAUAUUUAAAGUAAGCAAACCCAUGUCUAUCAUCGCAACACUACUGACUCACUCCUGAAUAAAUGCUUCAGGUAUCAUCGUGCAUCUA